GGUAGAAGGGUGGGAGCAGGAGGAAGGGACAGAUGUGUUCAUGAGAUGGAAAGACGAAGGAAAGGGACAAAAGAAGAGAAGAGGAUGGACACACAAAAGCCAAAGAAGAUGGGGAGGUGAAUCCUUGAGCAUUUCAAGGCAAAGAAAAUCAAAGAAGAAAUGAAGUUAGAAGUCUAAGAAACUUUGGGUGUCUCCUGAGUGAAACAAAAGAAAAGGGGUGGAGGCAGGAAAAUGGGGAGCCCACAUGUGACUGGGCCGACUUGGAGAGAGAGGUGUUUUUAAAGGGUGCAUAUAGAAAGGAGAGGGGGGCAGUGCAAGCAUGCUGUGUGUAUCCUUCCUUCUGUCCCUGUAACCAGACUGAACGAGAGCCAGGAAAAGGGGAAGGGCCUCCCUCUCCUCCUCUCCAGCUGACAAAAACAGCUGCCCAGGAGAACGAGCUGGAGACCGUUUAGAGGACUGAGAGGGAGCGAGGAGGAGGGAGGACAGAGAGGAGAGGAGUGGUGGAAGAAAACCCCAGAGUUCAGGACCCGUCCAGCUAUAUGGGUUGCGUCCUGAGUUCGGACUGGUGUGGGGAGGAAGAGGUGCUGCCGGUGCCGGUGGUCAGGAGCUCGUCUCUGAAGAAAAGGAGUCUGGAGAGGAGUGAGAGUGGCAGGAUGAGGCUGACGAAGGUGAGUGUGAGUGUAGUGCUCACGUGUGUGCUGGAUAAAGAAACAUGUUCACUGACAGUCAGACAUGGAUGCGUUUGUGAGCAUCCUCUUUGGCAUUAGAAUUGUGGUCAAGGUGAAGGACAUCAUAUUAUCAUACAGACUGCACAACUUUUUGAAAGUUUAUUGAAUGUACCAGAAUGGGAUCUGCUUUUUAUCUUCUGAUACACACUUUCACAGUGACUAAUAUCGUUCAGCUUCUCCUGCUGAAAUCUGUUUACAAGUCUCUGGGCAGCCCUGUUUCCUGGAAAUACUUGCAUGUGCAGUCAAUUUGUAAUAUGUUAAAUUUAACUCUUAAUGUGGCCUAAAUUACAGAACAAGUAAGUUUUGCUUGUCCAGUCAAAAUAUUGGCAACACAGUGGGAUGUUUGUUGAACAUAUGUACUUUGUUGUUUUACAAAACAGUCAGUCUUGCAAAGCACCAAUAGCGGUGUAAACAGGGCAAUUCUGAAUAUUAUGUCCAUGCUUGAAUCAGUCUAGGUGACACAGGUGAUGAAGUCACCACAAUCGACAGCACUUUCAUGAAAUGAUAUUCAAAACUCUUUCUAAAAGAGUUGAUCUACUCUAGGUUUCCUACUAUAGGCCUUCUACUCUGGAUUUCUGCUGAAGGAUGUCUACUCUUAGGUGUAGUAGUCUAGGAUUUCUACCCUAAGCUUUCUGCUCUAGGCUGUCUACUCCAGUUUUUUUCCUCUAACCUGUUUACACUGGGUUUUCUACUCACAGCUUUGGGCUGUCGACCCUUUACAGUUGACUCUAGGUUUUCUUUUCAAAGCUGUCUACCCUAGGCUCAUGGUCUAGGCUCUCGACCCUUUACAGUUGAAUUUAAGUUUUCUUCUCUAAGCUGUCUACUCUAGGCUUUUGCUUCUGGUUUUUCCCUCCCUCUCCAAAUCAUCAGCGCUAGGCUUCAUUUGCAAAUAACGCUGUUACGGGGUUCAAAUGCAGGCAAAGCAGAUCCCGAUUUAAUGAGAAAGAUUUCUGCUUGGAUUGUAAACAGGACAGUGACAUUGACCCUGUAAGCCUAAAGAGGUUUCUUUGUGGUUUUACUUCAUUAAUGCAGCUCUUCUUUAUUCUGGUUUUGCAAGCUAGGUCAUCAGAUUUAACAAAGUUGCCUAUGUCAUUAUUUUAGUUUCUGAUGGCUCUCAUAUAUAAAAGACUUUAUAAAGACUUAAAGGUGUGACACCCCAUAUUAAGAUCUUUAGUUGUAACUGUGGUUUUGCAAUGUUUGGUUAUCUUGGAUGGUCACUAUUUACAAUUCUACAACUGGAUUCCUGUUGAAAAUAUUUCCCACCCUGGUCCUUUACAGGAAAAGAAAACAGAGGGGAAACAGAGAGUACUUUUGGCUGUGGCUUCCUGGAUGUGUGCAGUGGUUUGCUUUAUGUGCUAUGAUUACAACCGUAACAAAUAUUUGGGUUAGCAUAAAAAGCUAGCUGGCAGGUGGUGAGGUAUUUCCUUUCUUUCCUCUUGAAAAUUUUUCACCACUUUGUUGGAGCCAACUGGAGCUUUUGUAAGUGCUCAAUCAUGUGAGAGUUAGUCAGGACACAGUGACAGCAGCACAUGAGUGUGUGUGUGUGUGUGUGUGUGUGUGUGUGUGUGUGUGUGUGUGUGUGUGUGUGUGUGUGUGUGUGUGUGUGUGUGUGUGUGUGUGUGCAGGUUGUUGACAGGGUUAGUGUUGCUAAAGUCCAAUAUUUGCAUGAGCCAAGUUACAUAAUAUUGAAUAACACAUGCUUUAUUCUAACAGAUCAUCAAACUAAGAUAAAAAACAGAGUUUUAUCCUCACCUCACAGCAGGGGUUUACACUAACAGGAGCCUGCCUCAGCUCUUGCAGCUGUCACCUUGAUAUUUUCAGAAAAAGAAAAUUUUUCUGUGAUAGUGAAAUCACUUGGCCGAUAGAGAGAAAAUUUCUUAACACUUAAAAGUCAUCCAAAAACUCUCUGAGAAUAGAAUAAAUCCUCUCUGAUUUCCCGAGAUGUAGGUCUCAAUUCUGAUGCUUUUCAACAGAGGGUGUUUGGCUCAGAAUUAAUCAUCACAGCAUUUUUCAGAAACAGAUUUUAACACAUCUCCAUAUUUAGAACAUCGAGGGGGUUUUGCAAUAUCUGUGUAGAAGAUUUGUGGUUAAAGAAGUGGUUGAUUGUUGAAUGCUUACAAGGAGUGUCUGAAUGUGUGUGUGUGUGUGUGUGUGUGUGUGUGUGUGUGUGUGUGUGUGUGUGUGUGUGUGUGUGUGUGUGUGUGUGUGUGUGUGUGUGUGUGUUUUCUUUGGCCUCGAUUUGAAAGACAGUGUGGAUGACUCUGGCAUCUCAGAGCUGAGGUCACAUCUGUGCAGAUACAAUGGCUGUGUUGUGAUAGCCUCUACUUCUGUGCAGCUACCAUAAUGGUAACAGGCAGGCGGGCUGAAGUGAUCUUAAAGUGCUAUUCAAGAGAACAGAGAGAACCUUGAAGCUGUUUACAUCACUUUGGUAACACACAGAUUUAAGUAUUUGAGGCUUUUUUCAUCCAGAUGUUUGAAUUAUUUCACUUUGCAGGAUUUUUUUUCAUGUGCAUGUUGUCUUCUGUUUGCACUUGAUUCUGAGUGUGUGUGCAUAAGAGUGUGCACAUGCUUGGUUGCACCACAGUCUCAGUGGCUCCAUCUCACAUGCUGAGCAGCGUGGGAAUGUAGAGCCCUCUGGACUACGUCAUCCAGCUGUAACUGACCCCACUACAGGGGUGUGGGAACCAGUUUGAUCCCAGAGAUUAUUCUAAAGGAGGAGAAAUCAUCUGUAUAUUUGUGGUCGCUUUUUAUAUGCUUGUUUUUUACUGCUUGUUUUUACCAUUUCAUUCUUGUCUCUGGUGGAUCUGCAGACAAUCAUGAGUCUGAGAAAAUGCAAAUAUUAGUGAGAACCUGCCCAGAAUGUGACCUGACUGUCUUGGCAAACUCUGCGCACAUACAGAACAUACCAAGUCAGAUUCGUGCCAAGUUCUUACUGGAAAUAUUUGGACACAGAAAAUAAUCUUCCACAUGUUCUGCUCUCACUGUGAUUAUAUAAUUUGAUGUUGUUAUGUCAGGAGCUUGGGAAAUGACUGUUCAGCUACAUAUUUUUGAAAACUGGCUUUUUUCAUUGACCCUUUUUUAUUUCCAAAACAAUACUUUUUUCUAGAACAUUUAACACGGUUUAAACCAUUUCUUAACCCACUGUACUAUGGGGCUGCAGCAGCAGCUGCAGUCAAAAUCCGAGACUUGGAAGAGACAUUAAGUAAUAUAAAAGUAUGUGACCUUGGAGAUCUAGGUACAAUGAAGUUUAGGGUCAUAUCAAAUUUAUUAAUUUUUGUUAAAUCUAGAUUUUUAAGCGUAAUCCUUUUCUUAUAAGAAAUGCUGUUAUGUUGUGAUAUGAGAUUGAAGCCAUUAUGUCUUAAAAAAAAGGUUGCUAUUUUAGUCAACAGAUAGCCACAUAAUGCUGCUUUAGAGUGGGAGAACACAUUUCCCUUUUUGCUCAAUCUUUACAGUGUCCUUAAACUUCUAACAAUGUGGUGCUGAUAUGCAAAAAACAUUCAGUGUGAUUUAAUAAGAAGCUCCACGUCCCUCAUUUUGGUACUAGCAGCUGACUGCUAGAAAAAAUCGUACAAACCUCAAUUUCUAGUUUUGUGGUGACAUAUUCACUUACGACAAUAUAUGGAUUGGUCUGAGUUGGCCAGUAAACAUGCAGUCAGCUGGCCUGCAGUCUGGCUAUCAUGCAUCCACGCCAGCAGACCAGUAAUGAUGUCAAACCCUACAAAGGAAACUCAGAAUGUAUGUAAUGCUGUCUCAUGGCUACAUGGGGGGUAGCCAGUCAGAUUUCAAGGGGGCCUAUGCCACCCCGGGCACCCCAUAGGACACCCCUGACUACACUAUACAUAUAUAUAUAUAUAUAUAUAUAUAUAUAUAUAUAUAUAUAUAUGUACAGCCAAAAGUAAAAACCCAACCUCAGAGAGUCCAUAAUUCUAUUUUGUUUUGUGCCAGUCAUUUAUCUUAAAUUUUCUACAUGAUGAAAAGAAACAGAGAAGUUGGUGAUCAAAUGGAAUCCUUAAAAUUCUCAAGAAAAAUAGUUUCAGGUGGAGAGAGACAAUAAAUCAUAUGACAGUCUAGAUCCAUGUGUGUAGAUCAAAGUAGGUGAGCAUUGCACCUCUUUAAGUCAUGAAACUGCCACUUUGCAGUCGACCCCUCUCGACCUCUCUCGAUCGUCUUCUGAACUUUCUUUUUGAGUCUCAUGAUCACACACAGUCCAUAUUGGCUCUGAAAGUUAAUUUUCCUCAUAUCUUGGAAUACAUCAAGAUAAAUUUGUAUUUAAUCUGCCUACAUACACAGCCAGGAGCUCAAGUCUGACAGUCAUUAAUAGAAUCGCUCAACAGAUGAAUUUUCAUGUGAAACUUAUUCUCUCAAACUCUCUGCUGCCAAGGAACAGCAGGUUCUUUGAGCUGAUCUGCUCUCUGGGGCUGGAAAUAUCAGUGUCAAGCAGCCUGUGAGUUGUCAUCUCCAGCCAAGAAACAAUGAUUGACUAAUGGAUUGAGUGCCAUGAAAUUCAGCGUGAAGAAGGUGUCAGGAGACUGUGCAAUAAUGACUGGCGUAUUUGCUUGUAAUCAUAAGCAGUGCUGUAGCCGAGUCAACGAACCUCAAGUCCUCAGUGCUCAAUUCUGAGUCAGAGGGUCACCAGAAAACAUCUGAAUGGAGUCCAAGUCAAGUGCAUAUUUCCUGAUUCAGAGUCUGAGUGGAUUUCUCAUUGAUAUUACUGUUUUUGACAUAUAGGGUGGCUUUUUGACUCCAAAUAUCAUGAAAUUGUAGCCAUACUAAAUACACACCACACUUCUAUUAAAGCUUCUGUGAGGGACUUUUUCUCUCAGUUGACUUUGGCGCCCCCUGUGGUCAAACUGUUACCCUUUUAUCGCUGAUGAUUUCAACAUGUUUCUGUGAAAGAGGAAUUAAUCAACACAAAUGUGUCUCCUGCUGUUAUCUUUCUGAAAUGUAUCUCUAACUGUGGAUGUUUGCAUGUUUGACAUACUAAGUAUAAAAUCCACUCACUUUGUUAGACUGACACCCCUCAGGGGAUAAACUCCAUGUGUUUUGGCAACAUCCAGAGAACAUCAAAGUGUUUUCAGAUCACUCAAAAACAAGAGUAAUCUAUGCUGAUUUAUUUAUUUCAUUUUAUUUUUGUUAGCUUACUUUGCUGAUAGAAGGCUACCAUAUUUGUAAUGGUCUGUUGCCCAGUCAGAGGCUGUAUCUACAAUCAGCUGAACUCUAAAGGCCCAAUCAGAAACUAGACCUUCCUGUCACAGCAGAGUACUGCAGUAUUUGAAGUACUGCACCUUUAAUUUUCUUCUGAAGUCAGGAUCAAAUCAAAAUUUUCAUCUAUUCAAACUACAGCUCAUGACUAAAUACUUACUAAACUCAUUACACUCCCAUCAAACACAGAUGUGCUUUUUCUUUAGUGCUAAAUUAACUUCACUCACUAUCAGUCCAAACCAAUCAGCCAGCAGAUCCCCACAGCUGACAAUGAUUUGCCUCUUUAAGGUUGACAGUAAAUCCAUCAUUCUUCCAGUGCAGCCAGUGAAUACUUGCUCAGUUGAUCAGAUAUCCUUUCUCUCUGCUGGUCUUUGUUUAGAGUCUGGCUUCAAAUCAAGACUCAAGCAUGGAGUUUUAGUUGAGGUGAAGUUGAUGUCUUUGUCCACAUUGUUAUCUGCACUCACGCUGACAUCUGUUUAUGGGAAUUUUUCUUUUACAAAAAAAGCUAAACUCAUGUCUAAUGAUGGAUGAUGAGUUCUUGGAUUGCCUUUUGUUAAAAUAUUCUGCUUCCAAUGCACUCUACCAGAGUGUGCUCCUGCAAAUCACCAAAGCUAACUGAAAUCCUGUUGAUCAUUACCGACUGGGUCACAAACCUGCAGAUUCUUCAAUAAGGCCUGUACCGUUCAGCACUCAAGUCUCUUUAUUUUUAUUAACAAAGAAGCAAAUUCUAAGGGAACAGAGUAAUUUUAAACAGACACCACACACAAGGAGGAUUGGUAUUACACUUUGUUGCCUAGUGACAGUACACACUGGCAAGACGCACACCGAAAUUAGGGUCAUGGCAGCUUCCAGUACAAGAAACUGGUGCUGAUGGACAUAGGCCCUUGUGCUCAUAUGUUCAUUGAUGGUACUCUAAACCAAGCCAGUGAUGUGAUGAGGAGAAAUAACACCUAAAGUUUUCUGUACCACCUGCAGACAUGCUGUUGUACUCCAAAGCAGCAACAGUCUAAAACAGGUCAUAUUUGAGUGUGCUGUCUGGAGUUCUCCUGGAGCACUCGCCAUUUUUCACCUCUGCAGCGGUCUGCAACCUCCCCUCUCAGACAACUUUCAGGCAGCUGGUCAGUUUAGCUCUUCCAUGUCAUGCAUCCUCGACCACUCAGAUCACUGCAUGGAUAAUAUGGUUUGGAGCUGUGAGGCUGCAGAUUCCCCACAGAGGCUGAAUUUGUGAUGUCUUUGCAACUGAACUCAAAAUCCCUAUAUAAGCAACUAGAAUAAGAAACAAACAGCUAAAUUUACCAUCAUGUGGGACCUGUGACAUUGUUGUUGACAUGGAUAAUGACAGACUGCACAUUGUUUUUAUGUCAUUUCUGGACGAUGUCUCUUUGCAUCUUUCCCAACUCUUUCAGUCUCAGUUCAACAUGAGUCUAUCUCUGUGAAAAGGUUUGGCCUGUUAGGAGAGGACUUUUGCCAAAUGUUGCGAAGCACUUGCUCGUGGCAGACUUGUGUUGGGUCCCUGGAAAUGAUAUAACAAAGAGAACAGUUAAGACCCAGCUUUUUGAAGAGUUCCCUAAGAUCUCUGGUUAUGACUUGGCCCUGAAACCGAGUGACUAGCUGGGAAUAGCUUUCAACUAGAGGCAUUACUGAGCUAUGAGUAUUGCUCGAGAGCCUUAGUCUUAUUAAGUUCAGGCCUGAAAUGUUGAGCUCCUUUUCUCUUAUGUAAUGCAGCUUUGUUCCCACUUCUUUGUUGUUCCACAGUGUUCUGCAAGUGCUGUGGCUUCUGGGUCUGCCAAGCUCACUGGUGGUAGCUCACAACACUUGUGAUCUUGAAAUUUCAGCUCAUUUUAUCCCUUCACACUGCUGUUUGUCACCACUGAGGAUAAAAGGAUGUGUUUUUGACUCUAGAAAUACACAGAGCCUGUGGGUUUGUAUGGUUGUUUGGACAGCAGUGGAUGUAUUUGUCAAGCAUCCCUGUAAUUUUUCAUGGGCAACAAAGUUUAGAUUGGUCAUGACCAAUACUGAAGCACUGAGCCACAGGCAUUCACUACAAACACACACCCAACAGAGGAAGGAACAGUGACCGGCCAGGGUUAAAAAUAGACCCCUCCUCUUAGCAUCAAGAAUGGAAAACAAAAGAGCAAUGCAGUGUGACACAAAAGAGUUAAAUCCAGACUUAAGGAUGUCAGACCUGACUCUUGGGGCUAAAAAAGUGAGCUGGUUUUGAGGCAUGCUUGUUGUCGUGAGAUGAAAGCUGAUCGAGGGGAAAGGGAAGCACAUAAACCGUUUCCUCUCAGCAUGAUAUAUUCUCUUUUCUUUCCCUCAACGCUUGAAGACUAAAUCUCUUUAGGUUUGGGAAACACUGACGGACAGAGAGGUUUUUAUUGAUCUCCCCGGCACUAUAACUGAACACGUGUUUGUUUGUGUCAUCUUUGUUGCACCCACUCCUCCCUUUGCUUUCUUUUUUUUUUUUUCACUCUUUGGACAGCUGCACCUUGUCAGUCGUAGUUGCAGAGCUGUCUUACACAAUCCUCCAUCAUGCUGCACAGCCCCCUUUUCCAGCCUCCUCCUCCUCCUCCCCUCAUUUCCUCUUGGCAUGGGCUCCCUCUCUCUCCACAUCUUUCUCAUUUACCUCCAAGCAUGAUCCAAGUCCCUGCACUUCCCUGAGACUCUAAAUCCUCCGUCUCAGACAGAGUACACCCAAACACACCUGGCAUUCCCACCACAUUUCAUCCAGUGUUUAUGAAUUUAUUAUUAGCUUCAUGCUGGGAAAGCUCGACCCCAGAAAUGUGCUCACUUCAGCAAAAGCAUCAUUUUCCCAAAUCAACACUUCUACUGAUUUCAGCUUUUGUCAUCCCUAUCUUUCCUCUAACAUAACCCUCCCCCACUUUACUCCCAAACUCGACCCCUCAUUCCAGUCCCAAGCACCAGCUUCCUGUCUCACAUGGUCUUUUGGUAUGUUUUCAGUCUCACAUGUGGCCUCCCCCACCCUUUAUUCCAACUUUUUCACCUUUUUCUGUUCUCUGUAUACUAAUCUAGCUCUCCUACUCUCCAUUUCCCUCUUUCCCUCUUUCUCCUCCAUGAGCAGCUAAAAAAUUCCAGGAACCAAGAACUAAACCCCCCAAGACCCCCAAAAUCUAUCAGUGGCAGCAAUUUUUUUCUGUCAUGAGCCGGAAAUUCUUGGAUCAUGUGCAAAAAGGGCCGCAUUAGUGCACACAUACAGUAUGAGUCAGUCACGUUUUUGCACUCAUUGUUAUGAAUAUACUGUACAGCCUCUAUACCUGCUCGCUGGCCUGACACAUAUGGAAGUGAGUAAGAGAUCGAGGCUGCAGAUGGACAUAAUGCUCUGUGCACUAUGGAUUCUGUUUCUGGGGCUAACAAAGGAAUAAUCAUAUGUGGGCAGAUGUGGAGUUCAAUCCAAACAAUAUGCAUGUACUAUAGAUGUGAGAGCCUAAAAAAACAAAAAAAAACGUUGGUUCACACUGAUAACAUUAAACUAGACUGUCAGUAUUGUACUUACUCUUUGAGGGUGACUUAUCAGUUGCUGCAGCAGAGACGUGAUGAUCAUAAAAACUUAAACGGUUCAGUUAAAUUAAACAUGUGAUUGUUUAUGCAACUAAACUCUGCCUUGCACGGUGCAAUUCUUUCAUUGCACCACUAGAUGCUGCUGCUAACACACUACUUAACCUUGUGUGGAUGCCAAAGCAGGCACAUCUGUGUGUUUGUUGAUGUUUUUGGAGAGAACAGAAGUACAGAGGCAACUUUUUGAUGACUUUUAUCAAAUAAUCAGCAAUGAAGGAGCCUCUGUAGUUAACGUGCCUGCUUGGACAAACUGUAAAAGAUACGGUUUAAGAAAUUUAAAGGUACAGAAUGGAGAUGUAUUUAGCAGAACAGAUUUGGUUGAAAUAAAUUAAAAUGAUUAUUGAGGGAAAAACAACAAAACAAAAAUAAUCUAGUUUUUUGCUUACUAAGAAUUUUCACCUACAUAAGAGUAAGUCUCUGUCCUCUAGGGGCCGCACCAAGAGAUGUUUAAAUCUAGAAUCGGAUAGAAAGAUAUUGCAAAAUACUCUCAAUUCUACACAUUGUGCCUUUGAGUAAAGCUCUUAUAUUUGAAAAGUGCUUAUCAUUACAUUUGCUAAACUUGUUGCAGGGACUUAAAUCUCCUGCGAGGAACUUUCUGUCAAUGUUGACAAUGUGGACAAUGUGGUAAUCUUUACAUUGUCACUAAUUUAUCUCACCUUUGGAAAACGGUGUAAAUUAACCCAGAAAAUCUCCUCAUGUUGUCUUUUAAAAGUGAAAAGUGUUUCUCUGGGGUGUCUACUGCCUACCCCCUUACCAUAGGUACUGGCAUUAAAAAUUAGGUUAUAAUUAUUGUCAAUUAUUGUCUACAAUGGUCUCAUUUGCUUUUAUACCUUUAUAUUAUUAACCAUAUUAUUCAAGACUAGUCAAAGAAGCUUGCUAACAUUAAGGGCUAGUGAAAGACCGCAUAACAUGGAAGAAGUGAGGUAAGUCAAACUUGACCUGAAAAUCUGUGUGUCUCAUACACUUUGACUGGGCUACAUUAAUUACUUUAAAUUAGGCCCCCACUAAAUACUCUGGGACAGAUCCAACAUACUGUAUUAAAAUGGACUGAAAUAUAACAUUUAGAGAACUUCAGGGGAUGCUGAUGAAAGGUGAUGGGUAGACCAGCUCUUUUAAGUUUGACAAUAACUGCUUCAUAGUGUCUAUACUCUGUGAGAAUGCAGAGUUUAUUCCCAUCCGUGGUCUGUAUGUUGACAUAAACAUGUCUGUUUCAUGUUAUGAUGGUGGCGUGUAGGAGGAGGGGGCCAGAGACAUCACAUGCACAUGGGGCCAUGAUUUAAAUGCUUCAACAUGUGUGAGAUCCACACAGCUACAUGUUUGUCCCAUGUAUGUUAAGAUGUUGAUUCUGCAAAGCUGGAGUCAAAUCCACCUUCCAUACCACAGCUGUGACCUCAUGUGAGAAAUAAGGACUCUGUAAUGUCAUCAACUACAUUAACAUGUUUGUUUUAAUCUGCUCCAAUCAUUAUUUUGGAUGAGAAUACAUUACUCACAAGGCUAUCAUGUGAUGAAAUGAAUACUCCAGUGUAAAGAGAGGUAAUAGAGCAAAGCUCAGUGUGGAGUCAUCAGCUCAGUUAUGCCAGAACUUUUCCUGUAAUAUUACCGUGUUUCAUUCAGCCAAUCCAGGUCAAGUACCCCUACGCGCCCCUCAGGAAAGCAACCAAUCAGGGGGUGAAAAACCAGUAAUAGUACUCCACACAUGCUUUUGGCUGCAUGGAGCUCCACCCCACAGCCUCAGUACUGAGGGUGGACCGGAGCUAAGAAAACAAGUUACCUCAGUUGCAGGCCGUGUUAUUGAUGGCUUUCCUGAGAAUGAGGGGCAGCUGUUAAACCGGGGAUAUGUUAAGCGGGAAAAGCAACAAGGUAAGAGAUAAUGAUUAAUAUUAUAGAUGAAAAGGAGGGCUUAAGCUGUGUUUGAUCUGAUUCGGUCAUUUAAUUAAACUUUUGAGUGUCUGGAUGUGAAUUUUGGAGCGGUGUGAUGCUGAGAGCUUGUGCGCAUGUGUUAUCUGUGUAGUUACACACUUUGAGCUAUAGUACUAGAUAUAUUGUGGGAGUGGCACCCAUAUGAGAGAACACUUAUGAUAGAGCAAAGAAGUUAGACUUAUCCUCCUGUUUAAAUGGCUGUAAAUGUUUCAGCAGCCUCAACUGUGAAUGUGCAGUUAGGAGCAUUAUGGAGACUGGAAAGUAACCCUCACUUCAUUAAACCGACAUGAAGUGUUCUAAAUGGGGUCAUAUGAUGCACUAAGCGGCCCCCUCACCAUCCGCACUGUAUCUGCGUCAGCGCCAGUCAGUCAGCGUUAAUGUCGCAGAUUCACAUCAGGGGGAGGAAGAGCGCGAGCGAGUGUGAGCGAGCGAGCGAGGCUAUCUGACAGUCCUCUCCUCAGUUAAAGCUCCGUUGAGAAGUUUAAAGCUAGUCAUGAAUCUGUCUAAGAUGAAAACUAAUGUCUUUAUCUGACCUACAGAAGCAAACAAGAUCUUUAGAGAGACUAUGAGUAUUUCUGUGCUGUUAUUUUACAUGCAUGUCACCACUGCCACAGGGUAGGUGUCAGGUGUGACAAUGAACGGCUCCUUUUGAAAUUUCCAGAUGAGGGUUUAUUGUAGUUGUAUAUACAAAAUGAAAAGUGAAAUACUAAAUAUUUAUAAUACGUACUGAACAGAAUUAGAAACUGCACAUGACAUUUAAGUCUUUGUGUUUAUUUGUACAAAUUAUUGACUUGUAAUAUUUAUGAACAUUAUCCUUGAUUUUGCUCACUGUGUUGUUUCUUUUUAAAGUUUCCCAUUAACAUCUUGAAAAUGUUGGUAUAAAAUUUCAUAGCCUUAAUAGUCACAAGAAAAAUCAACAUAAAGAUAACCCCUCCGGCUUUGUCCACAGAGGGCUCUAACUGAAAAGUUCCCAUCGAACUCAACAGUUGUUGUUGUGGUCAAAAAACUUCACACUAUUUGUAUGAUUAUGGUUAUCAUGGAACAUUUUAGGAAAAAAGCAAUGCUACAAAUGACUAGGAGAGAAAAAUACUGUCUAAUUCAGGAUGUAAAAACUUUGCUUUGACAACUAAAUAAAGAACUGAAUAACCACCUUUAUUUCAGCAGGUUUACAGAGAGAAUCAUUGUUAGUUUGUUAGCCUUUAAACGGAAAGUGUGAAAGAACUUGAUAACUACUGCUUUAACUUUUUAUAGUUGUUGUUCCAAAUUUCCUCUGUACUGGAGUUCCCAAACACCCUGUCUGUUUUACGAAAUCCCCAAACCUCCCAAACUGGCAAAGAAACUUCUAAAGUGUCUCACAACAAUUGUCAAAGUUAACUAUAAGGAUGCUGUGAACAAACAAACAAACAAAAAAACAAUCUUGUCCUAUUUAGGUGUUUGGUGCAACGGGGGGAGCGUUUGUGAAUGAGUGUGUGGCGUGUGCGUCACAGCACUGCUUAACGAACGUUCAAGGUUCAUAAAACAGUCAAUUAAUGUUGUCAGAUUUCCCAUCCUGCUUUGCAGUGUGAGGAAAGCAGUGAUGGAUUAGCAGCAAGAUAACAUUGUUCAACCUUUUAGGCCUUUCCUUCUCUGAUAAUGGUGCCUAUGUGAACUACAUGUAAUGCUGAUAAGCUGAAGUCAACCUAUAGUUUGAUCAGAUUGGAAAGGGAGCUGGUGGUUUUAAAGAGGUCAGACUCUCUGGUAGAAGUUGGGCAUGAAAUUGGAAUGAAGUAAUGGUCCUCUACAUCCUCCUCCUUCAACACAGCUGCCUUACAGAGCUACGUUUAAACCCUGAGGUGCUCCACUGGAGAUGUUCAGGGACCAAGAGUACAAUACUGCACUGUAGUAUGCUGUUCUCAGUAGUAUACUGUUGGUAGUGUAUAUUUGAGUUUGAUUGUCCAGAAAUGGUUCAUGUGCUUAUUUGGGACAUCCCCAGUCCACUGCCAGACUGAAACAGAGGCCAGUUUACAUUCUUAGAUCCACUUACUUUGAGUUCAGAUGUCCAGCAGUGUCUUUUAUUCCCACUCAGCUGCAGCAUUAAAACAAGAUGGAUGGAGAUGAUUCACUGUUUCAGCAGAAGAAGCCACAGGUUUCCUUGAAUCUGAACUUGUCUGAGUCAUGUGUCUGAGGCGGCAGCCUGAUCAGAUCUGCUUCUCACUAAUGCGCCAGACCAUUACCGGAUGAUGUCAUCAAGUUACCGAGGCCCCCUCACAGUACAUGGGAAUUAUUUAGAGGCAAAACAGAUGUUGUAUUUUGUGGGUAAAUAUCAACAACUGCAGCAGGAGGUUUUGGUGGUGCUGCUUGAGCAAUAAGACCCUUCUGUUAGUCUGUUUGUGUUUGUGUGUGUGUGUGUGUUUUGUAGCAGGAGUCUUGUGAACGGAAGUGUGUCAUGGCGGCUCAUUGACCUCACCUCGGGAACAGGCAGUCUCUGUUCCCUCCACUGCUUGUCCCACCCUUUGGACACACGCGUGCACAGUCACGCACAAAUGAAUUGGAACACACGUAUUAACACAAACACUGACCUGGAUGCCAACAAAUGAUGCAGGAACUCAGACAGCGGGCCAUGCGAGGCUCUUUGAAUGGAGGGUGUGAUUUAAGUAUACAGGAAGUCACAAAAACACCGCUGAAUGACUUUGUGUUUUGAAAUGUAUAAAGUCUCCUGUGGAAAUACAGUAGGCUCCAAUGCACCAGGAUUUUGUAACCUAUUCAUUUAGGACUGGCAUCAAGUCUGGUGAAAAAAUAAGUUCCUUUCGCAAAAGCUGACGUUUGACCCGUGGGCUUCGUUUCAUAACAGUGCAACGUGUUUAUGGGUGUUACUGCAAGACAAGGACAACUUUGGAAAACCAAAAAAUGUCAAAGCUACACUUGCUCUCAGUGAAGAGUAAGGCUGCACGAUAUUGGAAAAAACUAACAUUGCGAUUUUUUUCAACCCUGCGAUAUAUAUUGCGAUAUUAAAAAUACAGGAAUUUUCACCAGAUGACCUGAAUAGCAUUUAAUGUUAUGCUGCACCACUGAAGUCUUGAGGACAGUUAACCUGCUCUGAUCUUACCUCUUUUUGUGAAUGUUAGUAGAAUGGCUUCUGUCUGUCUCAGAGAUGUUUUUCGCUUUUAUAGUUCUGGGGCGUUAUUGUGGCGACAGAUGAACACAGAACACGUGUUUCGGACGACAUCAUCCUUCUUUUAGCCUAAAUAAUUCCGGAUAACUGACUUUCCUUUUCUUCAUCUUCGAAAAUCUUCAUUUUCGGUGGUUUUCUCUUGUUCGUUGCUCAUUUUGCAAUCGUUGUUGUUGUUGUUAGCGGUGUUGUGCCGAGAAACGCAUGUCCUCCGAGAAUUGCAUGCACCUCGCAAAACGCGCACUGCUUAUAGUAGAGUGGUCCACGGAAAUGUACAAUUUAAAACCCAUACAGUUCUUAUUUGUUGGGCUUAACAGUCAUGAGUAAAGUUCUGAAAGUAAUUCUCAGCGGACACGGGUUUCUCGGCUCAACACCAGCAGCCAGCGGAACAUGCAGAACAUGUGCAGGGGUGGGUUUCCUCCGCUCUGAUUUUGAUUGACAGCUGACAGUGUAGUCUGAUUGGCAAAUGAGAACUGAGUCAGCUGAUCAGCUGAUCAGCUGAUCAGUUUGCUGUAAUUGUAGGAAAAAACGCCUGUCAUCUCAGAAUAUAGUGCAAAAAGAAAUGGGCUUCCCGAUGGCAAAGUAGAGCACACAAUUUCACCAACACUGGAGCGAUUACUUGAAAAUGUUAUUGAUUUUGGAAUUAUCUAUAUAAGAUUAAAACCAAGGGUAAUCUGUGAUGAUUAUGGAUUAAUUUUUGUGACAUACUGAUUUCUGUUGUUACCUUAACAUGCUAAUGGAAGGCUGCCAUCUUUGUUAUGGUGUGUUGACUAAUUAGAGGCCACAACUCUCAGGGGUGGGAGAAAAAAAUCGAUACAGCAUAGUAUCUGGUGAUACAACGUAUCCUCUCAUUGACCAAGUAUCAAUUUUUUAAAAUUAUUUAUUAACAUGUAGUCAAAUCUAUGAUAAUAGGUAAAUAAAAUCAACUGUUUGUCCAGUGAGGUUGGCAGAGGUGACAUCACAGAGCAGGAAAAAGUUAGAGCAACAAAUAUGGCAGCACCUGGGGAAAGACAUUGGGAAGGCAAGCAGGGCACAAAUGAGAUGGACCUGACACAUGAGGUUUGCAGUAUAUUGUAUCGCAAUACUCACUGUAUUACAAACAGUUAAAAAUCGCAAUAAUAUCGUAUUGUGUCCCAAGUAUUGUGAUAAUAUUGUAUUGUGGGGCCACUAGUGAUUCCUACUCCUAAUAUCUAUAACCAGCUGACAUUUAGAGGCCCAAUCAGAAGCCAGGCUCCUGUUGUUGACACAGAAGACCCAUGAAGGCUGACAUUUUUGCACACAAAGAAUCUACGGGAGCUGAUACAGUAAUUGAGAAAGAAUUGGAUUGAAAAGCAAAAUCAAUAAUGGCAUCUGUAUCAAUACUGUCAACCAAUUUACUCUUUUUUACCCAAAUAUUUACCCUCCAUUUUACCCAUAAGUAAUUACAAAUGGUUUGACAAAAAUCCAGACGUCCCUUAUUGCGGCCGAAAACAGUGAAGGUUGAUAAUAAUAAUAACAUGUUGAUUUCAGCUCAGCAGUUUGAUUUCUCAUUUGUCAAGUUGGUCAAGUCACAGGACACAUUUAUGGCUCUGCGAUCAUCUAAUUGAUACAGUCACCAUAUUAACAGGCAGAAAGACUGUGUCAUCUGACCUCAGCGUAAAACUGUAAACUUAAGAUUUGAAGUUGAGUUUCUACACUUAACUCUCAUGCUCUGACAAGUUAGGCAAAAAUGAUGUUAUUUCUAUCCCUGCUACUUCCAUUUUGAUACUGUUCAGAGGGCUGAGCAUGCCAGUAAUGAAAUGUGAAAAGGGGUUCGAUUUCAUGCAGUUUGGCCUUGUGGUUGUGCCGGUGCCACGGGCGAUCAAAUUCAAGCAGUAUGAAUCGAAUUAUAUUCAAAGUAGGUCAGGAAGAUCAAAUGAUCAGGCUCUUGGAGCUGAUGCAAAGCUGAGCGUCUGUGCUGAAACUAAUGAUGUAAAGAUCUAAAGACAAAGUCCCAUUAUGAGCUCCUCUAAUGACAAAAUCAGACAGAGCAGUGUGCCCGUCUUAUGGUUCUUAUGAUGCCCUCACUGACCAUCUGCAGCUGAGUCUGAGGUCACAGAGCUCAGUCCUGUAGUCAGUAAUGCACCACUCCCACACAAUGUACAACAUUGUUUAAAUAUCAGGACUAUUUUUAGACUGAAGGGAAGGAGCGAGAGUUUCCACAGAUGGAUGUGUGCACGAAUGGCUCUCUCUGUUUCUGUCUAUUUGUUUUGACUUUUUAAUGCAUAAAUCUCUCCCUGUGUGUGUGCAUUUCUUAUAUGUGUCCAACCCCUCCCUCAUUCAAUCCUGCUACUGUUCUGAUGGCUGGCAGAGGUGCAGCUAGGAAGGGGAGGGACUCCUGGUUUAAAAAGCGUCCCUUUGACUGCAGAACCCCCGGCCUUCUUUUCCUGCCAGAAGUCAGAAACCAUAAGAAAAAGGAGUUUCUUGUGUGUAGCAGAUGCUGCAGAGGGAGGUGGGGUCUGUGCUGUGACACUAGGGGGGACACACAGGGAGUGUAAGAGGAAAUGGGAAGGCUGCGUGUUUCCACUGACUGUCUGCAGGGAUACCUGUCUGCACGUGAGUGUUUGUGUGUGCAGGUUUGGACUUCCUUUGGUUUCAGGUAGCUGUUGACUACUUUUCUGAGGAAAUUCAGGCAGGCCAAAGCUGGUCAAGGCUUUCUAGUGGGUGGAUUUCUCAAUCACUGUUGAACCUGUUGCGGCAGGAAUGUGCCUCUUGAACUUCUUAAGUGAGUGAAUGCAUGUGCUAAUCAGAAAAAUGGGUUUCUAAUUUGUUAAUUUUUUUCUGACUUUGACUCCUUUGUAGAAGAAAUGAUUGAAUCUGCACCAGUUUCUUUAUUAGAUCAGAAAACAGAAAAACACAUGCUUUUGCAGAGGAAGAUGCAUUUAAUCCAUUACUGCGGUGACAGUAAUGACUGUCUUGGGGAACAGGCAGAGCAUCACAGGUUGUGUUGAGCGUUCAUUCACUCAAACUCAACCAGCUGUUUUCUGUUUUCCUGUGUUGUAAUCCCUCUCAGGGUUAUAAAACCUCCCUUGCUGUGGUUUCCAGCAUUGGACUCCCAAGUUGAGCAGAAUGGAGAGCCUCAGUAGGUUUUUGAUUAGGCACUGCAAUGUUUUCUUUGAUGGAGGUGAUCAUACAGAAGUAUUAGUGGGACUAAAAUAUCUCUAUAUUUGAAAACUCAGGUCCUGUACUUUGUAAAUGUUUCUGUUUUGGACUGCUUUUCAUUUCUUACCGUAAUUACAUACAUUAUCUUUAAGCGCUAAUCUGUGCUUAAGCCAAAACAAAUGCAGUAAAUGUGAAAUUAUGCUUAUUUUAUGACCACGAGUUACAGAAUAGCUUCAUGGUUUCCAGUCCAGAUGCUGAAAUGACAGGAACAGUGCUUGAGUCUGUUCUGUAGUUGAGUCAUGAAAUCUUGAGUCCAGGUUGAGUCUUGAGUCUUCACUGUUCUUGUGCAAGUAGAGUCAAGUCCCUCCGAUCCCACAGCUGGAUAUGCAUCCAACUGGUACCUCAUCAGGUAAGUUCUGCUAUAGGUUGCAGCUUCCUGUUUGGUGCUGGUGAGAGUGCUCCUAUUGGUCACAUCAUUAGACAACAGUUUGCAUAAGAAAAGACAGGGACCUUAAGUGUUUGAUUUGCUAUUAAUGAGAAAAAGACAGCUUCAGUACAGUCUGGAUAAACAGGAGUGAAACAAACAAGGGAACUUGUAAUACCGUCGAUAUUAUCACUUUGACUUAUGGUUUAAGUUACACUGUAAUGGUUUUAGAGAUGCUCUCACCAGCUCUGUUGACGUUGCCUGGCUUGCGAGAUGGGCUCUUUUCCCUAUCAGAGAUGGUUUGGGCUCAGUAGCUCCUCAGGCUCUGCACCCACCCACUGUCAUCCUCUCGAGACUCUCAAAACCAGCCUGAGGUAGAAACUGACAUUUUAGCCACUUUGUCAACAGAUGUAGAAUGAUAACAAACUUAAAGCCACAUCGUUAACCAGGGGUGGAAAUCACUAGUGGCCCCACAAUACGAUUUUAUCUCGAUACUCGGGCCACGAUACUAUAUUAUUGUUUUUUUUAACAUUUUGCAGUGCAGUUGGUUGCACUCCAAUAUAUUGAGAUUUAUACAAAUUUUUCAACUGUUUAGCUAAUUUAGCAUUUGUCUUUCUUUAUGUUUGGUUUUAUUUACACAGUACUCUAUUUUCAUGUGGCACAUCUUGCUAACCUUAUAUAUAUUUGUUGUACUACCUUUCACCUACUCUAUGAUGUCACCUCUGCCAACCUCACUGGGCAAACAGUUGAUCUUGUAUUUUCAUUAUUGUAGAUUUGACUUCAUAUUAGCAAUUAAUUUGAAAAAUGGAUACUUGGUAAAUGAGACGAUGUUGAUAUAUCAAAAUAUUGCAAUACUAUGUUGUACUAUGUCUUCCACCCCUAUUGUUAACAGGUAGAGGUGAAAUGUGCCAGGCUCCUUAACACGGAUGAAUUUCAUGUGACGUAUAAUCUAAAUGUUCCAAGUUCCACUCUUUUUCUAGUGUUGCAACCAAUCAAAAUGAUUUAAUACAUCCUCCAAUCGUUUGGCCAGAAAAAUAUUGUGCAUUUUAUCAGAAAAGCGGCUCUGAUAUUGUUCAUGCGUCUAAAUUGGAUGCAAAAUUCAAGAUGUUCCAGAAAAUGGUGGGAGAAAUCUAUCUAUCUAUCUAUCUAUCUAUCUAUCUAUCUAUCUAUCUAUCUAUCUAUCAGGGGGGUGAUAUGCAAUAGUGGUGGGCAAAACCGGUCAUUUCAGUGAACCGGAUCAUUCCGGAUCGUUCAGUAAAAAGACCCGUUCAUUUCGUUCUUUUCGGUCAAUCGGUCAUUAGUCAGUCCACCCCCCCCUGCGGUCCGACGCUGUGACCACUGCACUCUCCACUUCCCACCCCUGGUCCAACGCUGCGAUCGCGGUGCACUACUUGUAAUAUAAAAUUAUAGUAGGAGUAACAAAAUAUAUAAGGUUUUUAAUGGUUUUUAUUAUUUUGAGGUGCAUUAAAAACAAUAAUAAAAAGAACAAAAUGUCAACAGACAGUGCAAAUGCGUAUUAAUAGUUGUCUCUCUGCCUCUGGCUGCAGCAGCAGCUGUGUGCCUUUGUGUGUGUGUCUCUGUCCCGCUCGCUCCGGCUCGGCCAUCGGGCCUCGUGCGGCGGCCAGUCAACUCGGUCUUUCAGUCAACUCGUUCACCGUCUGGAUCUUUCAUUCACUCGGUCUUUCGUUCAACUCGUUCAUCGGUCUGGGUCUUUCGUUCAACUCGGUCUUUCGUUCAACUCGUUCAUCGGUCUGGGUCCUUCGUUCACUCGGUCUUUCGUUCACUCAGUCUUUCGUUCACUCGGUCUUUCGUUCAACUCGUUCAUCCGUCUGGAUCUUUCGUUCACUCGGUCUUUCGUUCAGCUCGUUCAUCCAUCUGGGUCUUUCGUUCAACUCGGUCUUUCGUUCAUUUGACCCGUUCUUUCAGUCAACUAGGUCUUUCUUUCAUUUGACCCGUUCUUUCAGUCAACUCGGUCAUUACAGUCUUUCAGUCAGCUCAGUAGUACUGCUGCUGCUUCUCUAAGCCCCACCCACACACAGAACGAGGCGCGACGAUAGGAUAAGACAGGCAAGCAGUCCCUCUUCAGCCAAUCAAAAGAACUGAACGGAUUGAACGGGUCAUUUAGGGGGGGAGAACUAGUUCAUUUCGUUCAUCAAAAAGAACUAGUUCUUUUGAUCAGUUCGUUCAAGACCGACACACCACUAAUAUGCAACGAAAACACAAACUUGGGACUGGGACGCUGAGGUUCACAGUCUGCACCUUAACUCUGGAGCCACAGUGGUGGUUUCAUCCACUUCAAUUAAAAGUUACUGUCCAGUCCCCUCAUAUGAACCACUGUGUUGCAGCUUGGUCUAUCCAUAUGAGACCUUAUAUAGAACUGUUGCAGCAGUGCACCCCAGUCUGACCAUGAUUGCCUGUGGGUGGAUUAUGUAGUGGUCUUGAUUGUGUCUGAAACUCCAAGAAUGCUGCCAACCUCUCAUCUGUGUGUUUAUCUCUCUGCCCACAUCACCACUGUGGUUAGCUGACAGGUUGCUUUUUUAAAACUCGCCCUGUGUGCAUACUCAUGCAAGCUCAAACUCACACACACACACAGACACACACACACACAGACACACACACACACACACACACACACACACACACACACACUGACACACAAAGUUUAAGAUGAUUGCACAAGUUCAGGGAUGAAAUUGAGGGCACAAUCCAGUCUGAAUCCACAAAUAUACACUGAGGAAGAAGGGUUCUGUUUUAUGAUCAUGUGCGUCCGAGUCUAUGUCUAACAUGCUUGGUCAGGAGGCAUAAAUGUCAAGGCAGAGCUAAUGAGCAAGGAAUACAUGAGGUAAUUGAAUUGGUCAUGAGGGGAAGGAGCUGGUUAUGUUUAGGGUUAAGGAAAAGGUGGACUUAGGGCUAAAUUAAGGAUCCAUGCAACAGGAUUAAGAUAACAGGGAAACUUUAGUGAAGCAGAGUUUGGUUUUUCACUGUGUGAAAAGCUCCAACAAGAAGAGGCCAAACCCUGCUGAGCCAAAUGAAAAUGAUUUAAAGGAAAGACACGAUUUCAAAAGAAAAGGCUGCACAGCUCUAGAGACGGACGUCAAUCCUGUGACCGCAGCACAUUACAUAACCGCCAUCAGCCUUGAAACCACCCACCCAGUGCACCUCCACCAUCCAUGCUGCUGUGGUUGUUGUACACUUGUAGUGGAGCGGGCCAGCAGCCGCUGAACACUGCUGGCAGAGGGUGAUGCCAGGCAGGCAGCUGUCCAAACACUGUCCAGUCCCAGAGCAGCAGAAUAAUGGAAAAAGUGUGCAAACAGCACCCUUUCUUUGUUACCAAGGAGGAACAGCACACACAGAGGAAACAAAAACCUCUUUAUGCGAAUUUAUCAGUUAAAUAAGAGGAACAGAGAUUUUCAAUAGCAUUUGCCACAAUUGCAGUCAACUUUCUUACAAGUCGAUGCUUGGAUUGUGUCUGUAUUUACACUUGAAAAAGUUGGGGAGGCAAAAUUUGGUUCCAUUCAAUACUGAUAUAGUCAGUCAAAAUUUCAUAUAAUGGUGUAAGUCAGGAGGAGGUGUCGAGUAAGACUGUUUCAAAAUUAGUCCAAAACUUCUCACAGUGACUGAAAAGGUGAUACUUAAAGUUUCUCCUACACUCAGCAGCAAACCUGGUAGGCUGGGGGACUGAGAGCUGAGCUGCCACUAGUGACUAGAAAUUUUUCCAGAAUCCCCCCUCUCAAAAAAAACUGGACCAAGUGUUUAAAAACAUUAAAUUCACUAGACUAAGCAAUGCAGUGUCAGAUAUCAGAGUUCUUAGACCGGAGAUGUGUCCUGACCUGAGUUUGAAGCUUUCAUGAUAUGCAAGAUUCAGACUGAGGCUGAUGUUCCUUUCUGCUGGAUCCCAAGCUGUUGGAUGUUUCUUGCAUGUCUUGAGUUGUUUCAGGGGAGCUCUUUCUCAGGUGUUUACACUGAAGUUUAAAUUCUGAGAGGAGAACUAGUCUUAAUUUCAGAAAACACUCAAAAAUAAUACAAUUUAAAAGUGGGCACAGUUUAUUUUACUGUAGUAUUUGUCUGCUGGGUGUGGCAGUGGUUAGCAGAUGGUUUAUGUCCACAUGCCUUAACUAAUUAUGUAUUGAUCUGUUCAGUAGUUAUUUCCUAUUUGACCAGACACAGCCUACGCCCAUUCUCAUCUCCAUUUUAGAGGGCAAAAUACAUCCAAACAGUAGAUAAAUACAGCAACAAAACAGUUGCCAAGUCGGUGCCAGCUACCUGAUCAGCAUUUUAGCUCUACAGAGAAAAAAACAAUGCUGAUAAAUUAUAAACAGAUUAAUAAUCCAGGUGCCACCGAGCAAGAGGAUCCUCAACGUGCACAUCCCCAUGUUUGAAUAAAUCAUCAUAAUUGCAGAAAAACUGCACAAUAAUCCUGUGCCAGUGGUUUUUUCUAUCCCUGGUUUUCAGACAGAAUCCUUCACUUCAUGCCUUUCAGCAUGACUUUGCAGAAACUGUUUGCCCCCCCUCCCAUUUUUCAUGAAAAUAUGCUUAGCAAUCCUCAUACUUAGCCCCUGGUUCAGAAGUGGUCUCAUGUUCAAAGAGCCACGUCAGUCCCAGUCGUCCCAUGUUUGGAGAGCUAACGCACAUGCGAACACAAACUGUGACACAAAAAGACAAAGACAGAAAAGUCAAUUUCUCGUCACUCUCAUGUAAAGAGUGAGACCAACACGCUCUUUAAUUCAUUUCCAGACCUUCACACACAUUCAGACACACUGAGGAUUAUAGCGCGGUUUGGGCGGGAACCACAAGGAUUAUUACUGGAAAGUUACACAACCAGAACAGAAGUUCAAGAGGCAAAUGGAGAAGAGAAGAAGUGUUGGAUGUGGAGUUGUGCACUCAUUCACGCAACUAUGCACUCUGUUCUGCUCAGGUUAAGGCUGACAACUCUAAUCUCCUGUCUUUGUUGCGGCCCGCUAAGCCAUGCCUUUGUUUUCCUCUCUUGAUUUUUGGGAGUAAUUUUGGAAAGUCCAGUUCAGCGGAAAAGUCUGUGUGUCUUGUUUUCAUCCUGUCCGGCCGAAGUGUGAAGAACAAAACACAACAUUUAACAUCUGCCAAGUUAAACUCUUGGAAGGAGGUCAGGCAGAGAUCAUUGUUUCUGAAAGUAGGCUGUAGUGUAACUUGUGGUUCUGGAUCAAGUUUCAGAGUAUGAGUGUAAUUUUCCCUCAUGUUUGUGUGUCUGUGCAGGGGGGGAAGGGUGAGCCCCACGUCUUCAAGGAAAAGACCUUCAAAAAGAAGAGGCAGUGCAGUGUGUGUCGGCAGAACAUCGACAACAUCGGCUCCUUCUGCAGAGGUAAACUGUAUGUGUGUGUGUGAUCAUGUUGUCAUGUUUCAUCAGCUCAUCAGACUGGGAUGCAGAGUGUGGGGUUAUUUAACACAUGCCACAUGUGCUCAAGUACACACAGGUGCAAAAUCUAGAGACAGAAAUUAAACAUAGAGAAUGAUGACAUACUAUAGGCGGGGCACGCUCAAACAGCUCUCACUUUCACUUUAUCUUAAACAGCUUGAAUCAAUGAGAUCAAUGAGAGGAGGCAGGUGUUUAAAUUCAUGUGGGUAUCUGAAAAGCCAAGGGACAAAAUGAGCCCAACGAGAUCAUCUAUUUUGGUUAAAUUUUGCCACACUGCCAAUGUCUUUGACAUGGAUGGUAGAGGAGGACUCACACAGUUGAAACACUCAAAAUAAAAAUAAAUAUUCAGCAAACCAUUGGACCGUUAUAAACGUGAACUCUCUUCAAUUUUCCUGCCUCCAGCUGGUCUCCAGUGGGCUGGGCAAAUCCAAAAUGGUGACAGGAGGGGUGUUCUGAGACAGGCUGUUACCUGUAAAACAGCUCUGGAAACAACCCCAUUAGCAAUUGAUAAUUUCCUCCUGAUGAAAUUAACCAGACUGUAAAUUGAUGCGGAGAAAAAUUGAGUUGAUCAAUCAGAAUUUUGGUCGACUCAGCAUGUACCGACCAAUCAGUCGACUAGGACUUUACAGACCUAGUAAUCAUCAUAAUAAAACACAAGCCCAAGUCUAAGCAUUGUAAAGGGUGUUCUAUAAAAGCAUGAUGCAGUUUAGAAAUACUUGAAUAAAAGUGAAAUCUGUUAUUUAAUUUAGUGAGUAUUACCAACAAAAUCUAUUCAAAGCUCUUGAAAGUGAAGAGAAGAAAUUAUGCAGGGUACUUUUCAGUGGAAGAAUAACUUUUUAAAAAAUGUAUUUUACCAAGUGAGCCUAAAAAGUGAGGUUAAACAGAGCUGUAGUACCUUACAGGACUAAUUACAUGUAUUUAUAAUAAAAGUGGCCCUUACUAAACUUUAUUUCAUUUAUUUGUGCUGUAUAAAUAUUGAUCCAAGGCAUUCUCCCUCUUUUCUCUCUCUCCACUUUUCAUCUUUCUUAGUAUGCAAGACAGCGACCCACAGGAAGUGUGAAGCUAAGGUAAGGAUACAGCUUAAUAUUUCCGCUCCUUUUGGGAGUUUGAGGUUGUUAUGAAGACGACUAAAGAUAACACUGAUGCCUCUUAAAAUGCACAAAAGCAAACUGGAUCAUCAGCAACAUGACAGACUUUUUCUUAAGGUUAAUCCAUGGGUGUGAAUCUGUGCAGUUGUUAAAAGUAAGUGGAAGUCAAGACAGAGAAUGAAUCAGUCUAAAUAUGCAGGCAUCACCAGUUGCCACCAUGACCUGAGUGUAUUAAGGUUAAGCCUGGGUGCUGCACCUCUAAUCUUGUAAGUCCUCCAGGAUGAAGCCUUUCUAUUUCCAAACAAAAGCAUGCAGUGAGUUAUUUUGCUGAUUUUUAAUGACAGUACGGUGUAAAGAGAUACCCAACAGUGGCUGCACAAGGGCAGAAGUCUGAGGAUCUCGAGUAUGAAGGCCUCUCAGUUACAUUCCUCAACCAGAGCUGCAAGCCCGGCUCGAACCCACCGCUGCCUCUGUGAAAGGCUCAUUGAUGGAGAGAUGGUAUAAUGAAUAGACAGAGGGAUGCAGAGGGGGAGAAUGCCAGCCUUGGGCAAAGUGACGAAGAGGAGGUCGAGGCUGAGGCCAGGGGAGGCUUGGCAAGCAGAAGGCGAAAGAGAGACAGCCAAGGGCGAAGGCAUGUGGCGAAGACAAGCCUCAUUCCUGCAGCAUGGCUCCAUCUUCUUUCUCUUAUCAAGGACAGAGCCAGAGGAUGAGUUCAGGGACGAAAGAAAGGAGGUCUGUCAAACUACACAUGGAAUAAAACAGGCUUUAAGGUCAUGGGACAAUCAAUCAAAUCAAUCAAAUUUUAUUUAUAUAGCACUUUACAAUAUCCCAAAUGGUACCCAAAGUGCUUUACAUAAAAGCAAUAAAAUAACACAAGAAAAAAUACCAUUAUAAAAUAAUACAAUAGAAUAGAAUAAUACAAGAACGAUGAAAUAAUAAAAAUGAAUAUGAAAAUAAAAUAAUACAAUAAAAUAGUAUGUAGAAGUGCUAAAAAACCUAUAAGUACGGGACUACCUAGUCAGAGUUAAAAGCAAGUCUAAAAAGGUGCGUCUUUAACUUUGAUUUAAAUAAACUGAGGUCAGUGGUGGUGCGUACAUCUAGCGGCAGUCUGUUCCACAGCCUAGGAGCUGCAACAGCAAAAGAACGAUCACCCCACUGUUUGAGUUUUGACCUCGGGACCUCCAACAGGCGCUGACCGGAGGAACGGAGGGCCCUGCCAUGAUCGCGAACAGUUAAAAUCUCUGACAGGUAGGAGGGGGCCAGGCCAUUUAUGGCAUAAAAAGUAAAUAAUAAAAGUUUAAAGUCAAUUCUAAAACAAACUGGAAGCCAGUGUAGCGAAGACAGCACAGGGGUGAUGUGUUCACGCCUAGACGUGCCCGUUAAAAAUCGUGCAGCAGCGUUCUGUACAAGCUGGAGACGGGAGAUUAAAGACUGGCUGAGGCCAACAUAAAGGGCAUUACAAUAGUCCAGCCUGGAACUGAUGAAGGCAUGGAUUGCCUUCUCGAGGUCCUGCCGACUUAAAAAGGACUUCACUUUGGCCAGGAGACGCAGUUGAAAAAAGCUGGUACUGACGACAGAUCUAAUCUGUUUAUCGAAAUUAAGUCCACUGUCAAAUGUUACCCCAAGAUUCUUUACAUGUGGCUUGAAAAAAGGCGCCAGAUUUCCAGAGUCUGUAAUCGAAACGUUUGAUAUCGAUGGCGUGCCAAAUAAAAUACACUCAGUUUUGCUGUCAUUUAGGUGCAAAAAGUUUAGAGCCAACCACUGUUUUACUUCAGUAAUACAGUCCAGUAAGUGAGAAAGUGCACUGUUCUCGUUGGGUCGCAUGGGCAAAUAUAACUGUAAGUCAUCAGCAUACGAAUGAAAAGACAGAUUGUAUUUUCUUAUAAUUGAUCCCAGGGGUAGUAAAUACAAAGAGAACAGAAUAGGGCCAAGAAUAGAGCCCUGUGGCACCCCACAAGAGAGAGGCGCCUGUGAGGAGCAGAGGUCACCAAUCAUCACGGAAAAACUCCUAUCUGCCAGGUACGACUUAAACCAUUUGAGAGCGGUGCCACGGAUGCCUACAUACUGCUCAAGGCGAGAUACAAGGAUUGCAUGAUCGACUGUAUCAAAAGCCGCUGUGAGGUCCAGCAGGACCAGCACAGCGGGGUUUCCAGCAUCCAAGUUUCUCUGCAUGUCUGAUAUCACUGAGCAUGUAUUUUUUCAGCUGAUGUGACAAGAGCAAGAAACAAUCUUUAUCAUUAAGUCAAGUCUCUUAGAAGUCCACUUUUCUACCUUUCCACAGAGCCUGACUACGUCUCUCUCUCUUGUUUCUCGUCUAUUAGCUAAGCUACUCUAAGCGGUCUCCUGGCUUUAGCUUUUAGGGGUGGGAAUCACUAGUGGCCCGCAACGAUAUUUUCAUGAUACUUGGGCCACAAUAUAAUAUUAAUGCGAUUUUUAACAUUUUGCAAUACAGUGAAUAUUGUGAUACAGUAUAUGCCUUGCUUUGUCAAAUUUUCUCCCACCCCAAUUAGCUUUAUUCAGGAUUGAGACAUUAGGCCGUUUUCUGAUCUUCACUUUUAACUCUUUUGUGUUAUUUGUCAUUGGGGUCCCCUCGGUAAGGCUGUUGGUAAGUGGCAGUAAUUAAUUCGAGGACAGAGCAGGAUAUUUUUGACAGCCUUACUGUAAGCGCUUGAUGUGUUGUUGUUGACCGGUUGUUGAUUGGAGAUAUCCAUCAGUGCUGCCCAGGAAGGGAGAGGUUGGAUAGACCAGGGUGUGGGGGUCUGGCUGCUGUAUUCAUCUGAGCUCUUAUCUAACCUUGUGUGUGAGGGGAGAUCUAAGGCUGACGGCAUUGAUCUGCAGUACAGGGAAACUUAAAAUGCAUGCUAGAGUUACAACAAAACCAUUUAUCAAUCCAAACCUCAGAUCUGAGUUUGAGAACUUCCUACAGCAGCAGCUGCUCUGGGGUUUUCCUUACUUGCUCUACAUUCACAUUUGGAAGUUAUUACCUAUAACCUUGUGAAUGAUGCAGCUGCAUUUAACCCCCUCUGUUUUCCCAUGAUGGUGUGUGUUUAUGUGCACUCUCACACAUCUGGAGGUGUGCCCUCUGUCACCUAUUCCCCCAGAGUUUUGUUGACAUCUCCACCCGGCUGGUGUUGCCGUAAACUGUGUGACAAAUCUUCUCAUUACACUGCCCAGAAUUAGUCAGUGUGUCCGCUCCAGGUCUCUGGGAAAACCCUCUCAUUUUCUAAAACCUCCCUCCCAGAUUGACUGAUUGGUUCUUAGAGCAUGGAUAGUUUGUGGUUUGUUUUCAUUUCGUUGUCCCCUGUCACUCUGUUCCCGAUUCUCUCUGCCCACAGGGUCAACAGCCUCAAGCUGACCCAUCUCCACCCUAUUUAAAACACACAGACUGUCUUAUUUUCAGCCACACAAAACACAUAAACAGGGCAAUAAACAGAUUUAUUCCAGCAUGUUCUCCUCUCAGAACACAGUUCCUCUUUAUCUCUGAUCCCAAGUGGAAAAUUGAGUCCACAGGGAAUCUGGGGUUGGGAGGGGAGGAUGACAGGGGCCACUGGGCAGAGAGACACUGAGAAGGAGGGGAGUGAGUGGAACAGUGGGAGGAGGAAGGAUUAACAUGAGUGAAAUGCAGGCUGUGAUGACUUGACUGGCAUUUCGGUCUAAUUAGACAGAGGAGUAAUUUCCGCUGGUCAGGGAAACACUCGAUGACUAUCUGCUCAGCUCUCAGACAGAGUGACAUAGGAGGAUCUCUGUUAAUAUGAAAUCACACAGACUGACUGACUAUGAAUGAUGAAACGAACUGUAGAGGGAGAAGAAUGAAACACAGACUGUAUAAAUUAAUGAAUGUAGUCUCUGUAAUGUUACUCACUGGUUUCUGAAGAGUCAUAAAGCAAAUUUAGAAACAGGACUACAAGAGGAGUGGGGAGUCGAGCCUCACCUGUCAAUCAAAUCAGCUUAGUCCCUUGUUAUGUCUCAUGCUGUACAAACAAAGUCCAUCUACAAAGCCGAUUAAAAGGUAAUUCCAACACAGUAGUGGCACAUGACUGGCCAACAUGAGUCUGGUUCUGCAGGAGAAUGCUACCUGUUCAAGGAAGUUUUUACUGAUCACUGUAACUUGCUCCUGUCUUGAUGUUGAAUCUUCAUAAGUAUAAUCAAGAAUAAAGUCUAGGCCAGCUUCUCUUGUAGAGCAUUUUUGGAUGACAUUUGUUUGUGAGUUGGCGCAAAGUAGAUAAAGAUAGUGGUGUGAUGAGCUCCUAUGAAAGCUGUAGUUUUAUGAACACAGGUGGGUCUGUGUGGAUGAGAGGAGACAGGUGUGUAGAUGAGGGAGACUCUGGUGAUGAAGUUUAUAUAGUUGAUACUGAUGUUUACUUCAGAUUGCUGCUCUCUGUGUGUGUGUGCGUGUGUGUAACAUUGUAAAGGAUCCUCCUUGUGUGAGCCUCUCUCCCUUUAGAGACUGAUUGUCACCGAUCAGUCAAAGCAGGAUGCUUGUCCUGCUUAGUUGGUCGUUUGAGUGGCUGGGGCAAAAAAGUAGGAAACUUUUAUUAACAUUUGCCAUGCCGUGCUGCAGCUUCUGGAUGAGGUCGGCUGUAAAUUGGUCUAUUUCCAACUGCCUGGGACUCUGCUACAUCUCCUUUGUACUAAUAGCCAGUAAAAUAUCACUGGUGAAGAUAACCAUACAUCCUAGAUAUAUUAUAAUGUUAGUGGGACAUUAUGCAGAGCUGUCAUAAAAAACAGAAACUCAAAGAUUCACCCGGUUAUUCCUUUUUUAAUCAUAACAUAUUCAGAAAUUCAAGGGUCAUUGUGUGCCAAACAUCUUCAAGUUUGUUUAACCUUUAUUUAUUUAAAAAAAAUAAUAAUGAAGCUCAGCAGUUUUUUUCUUAGUUGUUCAUUUGUUAAAUUUUUUUUUUUUAAUCAAACGAAAAAAAAUAAAACAAGAUACUAAAACAGCAAUCUGAUAUUAGCACUAGUAAACAUCAGCCAUCAGCCAACCUGCUUUCUCAUUAUUGGCUGCACCAAUGAACAACUGAGAUCAGUUGACCACCGAUGAACGGUUGCUAUACUUAAAUACAGCUGUGUGAUAAAAUGCAGUAAAAUGCCAAAAGAACGUGACUCAAAAUGAAUAGAACAGAUGAAUUGAUGAAUUGAAUUGUACAGAUUCAGAUGGACCAUCAAACCACAACUCUCCAUAGAUGCUCAUAAACUUUGACUGUCUGUUAGUGUGACUUUGUACAUCAUGGACUGACACAUUGACAGAUUUAACGUCUUUACCACCCAGUCGAUGGUUUUAACAGGAAACAUGUCAGAAAGAUAAGCCAUUGUACAGAUGGUGUAUGUUGGCAGUGCAGAGUUGUGUAUCGCUGUAAUGACAAUCCCUGCUUCCCCCUCUGUGUAUUAGUAUUCCCGCUUGUCUCUCGUCCUUAUCCACUGAAAAAAAAAAAAGUGACAUGAACUGAUUGCAGUGUCUGAAUCUCUUUACAAGAAGAGGAUGUACAGUUUGGUGCAGAUAGAUAGAAGGGAAGCAGGGGGAGGAUGUAGAGAUGAGAGGAAGAGCAACAUGACCCUCGAUGUUUCUGUGACAUACAGCCUUUCAUCAGGACAGCGUGGUUUUGGCUCUGUGCCCCCUCCUCCUGUUUUUCAAGUCAAGAAAAAGCUUUUUGGAUGAAAGACAGACAGAGAGUCUGACCUGUCUGAAAAUGACUUCUUCUCUCUGUAAUACUGUUAGAACCUUUUUAUUUACUCACUGUAGCUGUUUCCCUCAAGGCCAUGGUACUUAAAGUAUAUUGGAUUUUUUUUCUGGCUCACAGAAGCAAAACAAAGGAGAGGAUGAGGAGAUGGAGUGAUGGAGUAAUGUUGUGUUUCCCAACAUAAAGCUCAACCAGACGAGCCCCCUCCCCCAUCCCACAGACUUCCUUUCAUAUGUGAACCUUGUGUUCCCAUAACUUCCCGGUUGUUGCUAUAGGAACAUGUCACUCAAGGAUUUUUAAAAUAUGUCAGCUGCAACUCAAUUUUCAAAGCCAAAGGGACAACACAGCAAAAACUGGAGAGGCUAAGUUUGCAGAAAUUGCAGUAAUGUAGUUUUGGAAGAUCUUCCUGACAUCAAUCGUGAGUAAUCUCUGGUUGCAUUCUUGCGGCCUCCAGCUCAGACCUCUGGUUCCCGUCCUGCAGACCCUGUACUUCACCAAAUCCUUGUGUAGUCAGUGUGAGUCAGUCAGGCUAACAAGAUCCAACUGUAUCGUUUUAACAUUUCAGGGACUAUAGCUGUCUCUCCUGUCCAAAAGGAGUCGCCUCUUUAUCACAGACAGCUCCGGUAAUUGCUGAGAUAGGCUGGUGUGUUUUGAGUUCAAUUUGUGCGCGUUUGUGUGUGUGUGUGUGUGUGUGUGUGUGUGUGUGUGUGUGUGUGUGUGUGUGUGUGUGUGUGUGUGUGUAUUUUAAGGCAGAAAAAUGAAGGAGUGGGUGGACGAUGUUGAUGAGAGUUAAAACCAUAAGCAUGACAGCUAAGUUAGCCAAGUUGGGACAGAGCCAGUCCACAGUGUGUGUGUGUGUGUGUGUGUGUGUGUGUGUGUGUGUGUGUGUGUGUGUGUGUGUGUGUGUGUGUGUGUGUGUGUGUGUGUGUGUGAGAGAGUGAGUGAGUGUGUGAGUGUACCAGCGGGGCAUAAGCUGCACUAAUUGGCUGGUGGGUUUGGUCUGUCUAGGAUCUGACAGGAAGAGGCCUUUUGGGUAUCUCUCUAAACAGGGGUCUUAAGUGGUGACACAGACUGAGGCACAGAUUUGAAAGAUAUUCACUUCACUCACAAUCACCAGAAAAUCCCUAAGAUCUGACUCUGCAGUCCCAGUAGGGUGACGCAGACCUUAAAACUCCCUGAAGUCACUCUAAUGUGUUGUAAACUAUAAAUCAAGUUCACCAUCUAUCGUUGAUCUAACUUGUGUCUUAACAGUUCCUAAUUUUUGCCGUAUAUUUUUUUAAUAUUGUCAUUUCUGACAGGAUGUUCACAUUCAGAUCUCAAAAUGUCACCAAUACUGAGGUGCGUUACUUGAGGCUGCCACCAAAAGCCAAGAAAUCCAUUUAGAGCUCAUAUUUAACAGCCUAUCUUUACAGAUAAAUAAACACACCAAGGCAGUUUUUGUCUCCAUCCGUCAUGUCUUCAAUUGUGCACACUGUAUAGAUAAGUCUUUUUUAAAGUCUACAGAAGCCAAGAACAUCCAUGGAUUUUUCUUUUUUAAAUGCACUGUUAUCUUGUGAUAACAACUUAUCUCAUUUUCUCGAUACACCAAAAUUCGGUUUCUUGAUUUUUUUCAUUAUCUCAACAUAACAAAAAUCGUUUUCUCAUGAUAACGGAAACGACGUUUAAGCCGACCUCAAUGGCAACUUUUAAAAACGCCCUCCAGAUAAGGAUAUUUCUGAAAUGCUGCAGCCACCAUUGUCAACAGCAGAGUUAGGGUUCGCGCAUGGCAGUAAAAUGUUCACACAUUGAAAGUGUAAUGCAUGUUCGCAAAAUGGAGCGUGCCGUCAGCGUUUUCAUUUAAAACCCUGACUUGCAGUUGACAACAGUGGCUGCGAUGUGUCAGAAAUAACCCAAUCUGGAGGGCAUUUCUUAAAGUUACUGUUUAGGUCAGCGUGAACUAGUGUGGUGUCAUUCAUGAAAGUUUUGUUCAAAAGAACGCAACUGCUGAGUGAACAAUGUGAGCUGAAUCACUCCGAGACCUGAUUCGUUCCUUUUUCAGUUCAGUUGAGCUCAGCUGCGAGCCUGGCAUGCCGGUCGGGAAUGGAACAGCCGCCUUUGACUCUUUUGCGAAUGACACACAGCCAGCCAGCUAGUGAGCAGGCGAGCGGGCGGAAUCUCUUGAUUCACUCACAGCGAAUGAACGAUAUGUAUCGUUCAGUGAAUGAAACAGUCAGUGAACGACAUGUAUCGGUCAGUGAAUGGAAGGAUUCAGUUAGUUAGUCAGUGAACGACAUGGUGAACGAAACAAACUACUUCUGAAUGACUUUAUCCAGACAGAGGGGGGGGGGGGGUGUAGUGUCGGUCACUUACUGCUGAACACUGGUUCGUCCGUUGAGGCUAGAGCAAUACGCUGUUUAAUAUCUUUAAACGUGGCAGAAUCCCCGCUACAGCUGCGAUGUUUAUUUAUUUUUAAUCUCUCCUUUCUGCGAUAUAAAGUAACGACGACUCGCGCUUGUUUAGCAGGCAUGACGCUUGCUGCUGUGUUGUUUCCACCGACAGCGACACACAGAGAGGUGAGUUUUUCAGGGCAGUGGAGUGAUUCUUCCUUCAGGACUUGGCAAAUGAAUGACAUGUGUCACCCAGUGAACGGCACUGUGACUUCAGCAGCAGGGGAGGAGAGGGGCUCAUUCAAUGAACGAACUUGUGGCUGUGUCACUCACUUGUGUACUGCACCGUCAGGACGGGGCUCAGAAGCACUGACUGAUUCAGUGAACGAAUCUUUUGAAUGAAUCCUUUUAAUGAACGGAUUCUAAAGAUUCAGUACAGUCAAAAGAACUGUUCUUUCUUCCCAUCACUAGGGUGAACACCAUUUCCGUUAUCAUGAGAAAAUGAUCUUUGUUAUGUCGAGAUAACGAAAAAAAUAAAAAACUGAAUUUUGUUAUAUUGAAAUAACGAGAUAGUAAGUCGUCAUCACAAGAUAACAGUGCAUUAAAAAGAAAGAAAGAUCCAUGGCCGUUCUCAGCUUCCGUACCAUUUAACUUUAUACUGCACUACCCAUUGAUGAAUUAUUGAUAAUAAUUGGAUAAGGCAUUGUUCAAAUCUGAUCAAACUUCCUUAGUGUGCUAAAGGUUUUAAAGGUCUUAGGAAAUAGUAAUAUGUAGCAUCAUUGCAUUUAUCUCCAGAGAGCAUGAAACUAUGAUAAAACCCUGCAGUGCGCCCCACAGUUUACCAAGGAACAAUGUUAAUGUCUCUUUGAUUUCUUGACAAUGAAAGUGACAGAAACAAACAGGGGUGUUGAUCGUGAUGGUAAAGCUGUACUGCAGAGCGGGCUUGUUUUCUGCUGUACUGACAAUGCACAGUGUCUGUGUGAAGACUGAGGAUGAACUUUUGUGUAAACAGUAAACACUGUUUAGCAGAGGCAUGCUGCAAAUAUAGAAAGAGGAAGGGCUCUGUGCCUGUGGGAAUUGUAUCUGUGCCUUCUUAUCGACAAGAGGGAUGACAGAGAAGCAUGUGGGGAACCUCCACCGCAGAGGGCACUCAGGGAGAGGAGAUCUGUAAUAAAGCCUUGUGUUGGUUCACAAGAGAUUUUUCCAUUGUUAAUGUCUCCCAGUCUCAUCCCCCUACAGAACUUCCUGCUCUGUUUGUUUACUCAUGUUUAUUUUUGUCCAACUUUCAGCUCAUUUGGCUGUGGGAAGAUGGUGAUGCUGCAUGAGAGCACAGCAAAGGCCUUCUGUACAGGCAACAUGUGUGCAUUCCUGUUCGUGUUUGCCAUCAGUGUAACUUCAUGAGUAUGUAAGCGUAGUCAGAACUCCAUAACAGGGAAUUGCAUCCCACUUGGCUAUUAAAGCUUCACCGCAGGGACCCAUGUGACUUACCAUAUCUUCAAACUCCCUCUCAGCUGUUUGGAGUGGAAAACGAAACAGCGACAGACAGAGUCCCUUUUCUUUCCUUAUGGGGUAAAAAACAAGUGUGGGAACAAAAGAGAGAGUGGCUAAUGUGUUGAACAGGGAGAAAAGUAAAACAGAAAGAAAAACACUCAGAGGUUUUGUCAGCCAAUCUCACAUUCAGAAAACUACAAUGUGGGACCACCUAAAUCCAGAGGAUACAAGUUUUUCACCUAUGGAUGUUGUUUUUGCUCAGCCGUGGCCUUGAAGUCCCCUCAUGCUAGGCUCGGUGCUCUCUGCUUUUCUCAUAUAGUCCACCUUGUCAUGAUUAAGAGGUAUUAGACAUGUGGGGUCCAUCUGAAGUGCAGUUAUGAAGCUGAGCCAGGUAACUCUCAGACCUGCUGGUAAAUGACUUCUGCAGGUUUGGGCAAAAGGGACACCAUCUGUUUUUUUAGACUGUCAGAUUAAUGACAAAGUUAAAGUUAGACUCAAGCUGGUGUUUCAGAAAUGUUGUUUAAGAAAUACUAAUCUACAAAAGAAGAGCUCUAAUUUCAGAUUUAUAUGAUCUUUACAGACAUAAAUCACUGCAUAAACCUCAAACUUCUGAAUAGGCCUUUAAUUUGAAGUAUGCUGAACAAAGUGGGUGAGAGCAGAGGUAGUGUUUAACACCCACAUUAACCUCAAGUGUUGAAGUCAACAGAUGGAUGCAUGUAAAAUUGCCCAAAACAGAGCAGGUGAUUUAAACUCUUAACACACUUUAAUUUGAAGUAAGUGUUAAGAAUGAUCCUUUAACUUUUUUGUUGUUAUUUUUGCAGUCAUUUAAUUAUGCUGCAUAACUUUUAACAUUCUUUAAUCUGGAGAUCGUGUUAAAGGAAUUCAGACAAUGAUAGAAAACAGGAUGUUAAAAUCUCUCCUGUAGUGUUCCCUAAAGCUGCUCUAUUUGUCGUAAGAAGACAAGAUAGUCUUGGCACAGUUACAAGAAAAGUUUUCAUCAGAAAAAUCUGCUGGAUUUUUAAUUAAUAUAAUUUGGGAACCUCAGGACUGCAGCUGAAGCUAUAAUUUAGUCUUUUUAAGGAAGCAAACAUUUCAACUGUUUGAGGGGUAGAAGAAAGUCUAGUAAAAUCAUCAUGACAGUGGUUUGUGUUCAUGAAUCACCUGUCGGAGCUUCAUACCUAGUACUUUUACCCAUCCUUACAGGCCUGUACGGCCCUUUGCUGCAGGAUAUCUCUGCGAUUUGUUCUCUUUAGAGUCCUCAUGUUCGCUCCCAGCUUUCUCUUACUGAUGAUAGUAAAGAUGAAAGCACUACAAGGUCACAGCCAGCUUCGCCUUUCACUGCUGAUUCGUUGCAGCUUUCAUCAGAGCGCCCUGAUUGGCUCCCCCGAGGGACCAUAAGGAAUGGGAAUGCUAUAAAGCCUGAGGCUAACCAUUAAAGGGAAUGCUACAUGAGUGCUGUGAUCGUAUGUGACUAAGGACCAGAUGGUUUCGAUCUGGAUCUCACAGAUGUAGUGACAAACUACUCUACUAUGCUAGACUAUGAUUGACCUAUUAUGUUGUAUGUCACCAUCAACUUUAAGCUCUAUACCUUUCUUAUUCACAAUACGACAACUUUGUCUCUGUUACGUCACUUUUUCUUCUUCUAUUGAGAAUUUGUCUACUGCCUGUUGCCUAGUAACCAACAGGUCAAAGUCCCACAUGCAAACCGUGGAGUAUGAGCAGAAGUCUUAGACCAGUUCCAGUCUGAUUGAGGUGUAUAUAUGAAGGAGAAGAUCAACCCCCGACCACAAUAUCAAGGUCUGACUGUAAGAAGUCAGACUUACGUGUUAACGUGAUUAUUCAAUGUCAAAUAUGAAUCACAUAACUUGAUUUUUUCCACAUUUUAUCCAUCUGGAUUUAGACAUUAAAUGUUGGGGGAUGCAGUUGGUGAAAGUAUUAGAAUUGAAGAUACGAAGCAUGACCUCUUAAGUGUCUGUUUAAACUUUUCCAAACCAUAAACUGACUCUCCUGACUCUCAUUGGUUGUACAGUUAAAGUUAUUUACAGCCCUAACAUCAGCAGGGUGCUCGCUGCGUUUAGCACAGAGAAGAAAAACAAAAAAUCUGUUAUCAUAUAUCACUUAACUGAAUAUGUCUAAUUCUUUUCUCUCUCCUUCCCUGUAUUUGGGAACAUGCUGGCUCUCACAAACACCCCACUCACAUACCAGUUUCUCACACCAACAACAUACCAAGGCAGCUACCUCACCCCCUUGUUAUCCCUCUCAGAGCCUACAGCUCUUAAGCCAUGCGUUGAGCGGAGAGAGAGCUGUGCAUUAUCCAUUAGCCAUGCUUCUUCUGGCUUUGAUGGAUCAAAGAGCAUGUAAAGAGCUGGAGGAGCCGGGGCCACUGCCGCACAAACAGAGCUAACAGAGAGGAAGAAGAGGACAGAGGGACGGCAGAUGGAGACGGAGGAAAGAGGGCAGAGAAAGAAAAGGAGGAAGGUUACAGGGCCAAAAGCUCUGUGAGUGCCACCAGCUGGACCUACCUGAGAGGAGGCGUGUGAUUUAUAAUAAGCCAUCAGUUUAAAGGAACAGUAGUGACCCAGCAUGCAUGCAUGAAUCUUUCUUUUUGAUCGGUCAGUCUGCAGUUCUGCCCCUCUUUUGAGUUUCUGUACUGUAAAACUGUACAAACAUUUGAGUCCAGAGCAAGUGAGAACACGCUUACCAUGGGUCGUCCUCCAGGAUAUUAAGUUUCUGAUGGUUACAGGGGAUCAAACCUGUGACCCUCCAGUUGUAAGACUCUUCACAUGCAGGGAACCAUGAAGACAUAAGAACAACGAUGGGGGCUCAGGAGGAAGAAGUGCAGAAUGAAUAAUGAAGACAGGUUAGUAGAAAAACUGACUCAGGAGCGAUCAUCUGAAGAUAAAAAUGAAACUAAAUUUGUUCAUGUUCUCCUAGAAAAACAGAGAUAAUUACUCAGCACAUUUAGUGCUUGGAAAAGUUAGUUUGUCGUGUAUCAGCUUUCUCAGACUCACUGUUAAUAGCAUUAAAAAGUUUGGACACUGUUUUAAAUCUCGAUCAAAUCAGAUUCUGGUGGCUUGCAAAAAAAUUUAAAACCCUGUAUUUGAUUGGAAAUAGUGCAAAGACAACAUGUUAGAUAUGAGGUGCUCAGAAGUUUGGGUUACCUUUGUUGUUUUGUUUGUUUUAUGAUGCCUUCAGUAGGUGACAGGUUGGGAGUGCAGGCUGGACAUGUUAGUACCUGGACUCUUCUGGUGCCGAGCCAUGCUGUUGUGAUGCAUGCAGAAAGUAGUUUGGUAGUGUUGUAUUGAGUCUGUAUGGCAGCAUACAGCAUGUCCAUAGUGUUCAUCUUAGGUGAUGCCCUUCAAGUGUGACAGCAGGACACCUAUGCAUCUCCACACUAUCUACACAUGGUUGCUUUUAAACUGUCCUCUAAGAAUGUUGUGUUCACAGUUUCCAAUAGGGAUGUCAGGUUUUGAUUUGUCAGACCACAGGGCAGUUAUUAACGUUGCCUCAGUUCAUCAGAAACAGGUUUGGGUCAAGAAAUUGGUGAUUUGUGAUGUGGUCAUUUCCACUACAGAGUCAUAUCUGAUUUUAAUGCAGUGCUGCCAGACAACGCAAAGAUCAUGGCUAUCCAGUGUUGGGUUUUGGCUCUAUGCCUGCUGAGAUUUCUUAAGAUCCUCCAAAUCUUUUAAUGACAUUUAGUUCUUUAGAUGAUGAAGGCCCCAAAUUCUUCACACUCAGUAACGUUAUCCUAAAAUUGUUGAGCUGUUUGCUCACACAGUUUCUCACAAAGUAGUAAAAUUCAGCAGCAAAUGAUGCUCAUUACUUAGGAGAUAUUUCUCCAGGUGUUUUUUUUUUUUUUAAGCAUUGCACAACUUAUUCAGUGUUUUGUUGUCCAUGUCCAUUUUUUUUCAAAGUGGUGCUGGCAUCAAAUGGAACUUUUUUACUCUAGUUCAAAAAAGACCAAUAAAUAAAUAAAUAAUAAUAAUGGAAGGAAAGAAAUCAAAAAAGGCAAGAGAAGUCCAAAAGUAAGGAAAAUGAAAAUAGAAAUAGGAAAGUAAAUAGUGCGGGAUUUGGAGGAAAGAUUGAUUACACAGCUGAGGAGAAAAGCAGAAAAUAACAACAGCAGAAACACAAGUUAAGAGGAAGUGAACAAGGAUAUAAAUUUGAGGGAGUGAAAUGUGGAAGUCAAAAAGAGGUAGAAAAGGAAAGGAGAAAUUAAUUUAGAAACGAGAGUGAACAAGAUGAAGAGGAAAGGAGGCAAAGGAUCUGAAAAGAGGGAGAGGAAUGGGUGGAGGUCUUUGAGCAGGAAAUUGGUGCGUAAGUGUUGGCGAGGGGAGAUGGAAUCUGGUGUGGAGUGUUUGUUCUGGCUUAGCUGCCCUCUGCAGGCCCCUUCACUGGGCACAGGGAGAGAGGGAUGUGAACGAAGAGAUGGAGGAGUAAAAGGAGAUGGAAGAUGUCAAAGGUACGACCCAGUUCAAGCCUGAUUCUCGCUGCAUUUAGAAAUAAACACAGUGAAAGGUACAGAGUCAAAAUUGGAUAACUGUAGUCAUAACAACUGGAAAUGUAAGACAUUGUGAACUGUAUCCAAACCCGGGAAAGAAUGAGGAGAAGCUGGACCCGGCAGAUGAUAGCAGAAGGUUUUGAUUCGACUUUUUAUAGGCUUGUUGAAUUUUUGCAUUUUCCGACAACACCACAAGAUUUCAUUAGGAGUUUUAUGGAAGUAUGAGGCGUUCACUGACCACAGAGCCCCGCUACUUCCCUGGAUUUUACCAAUUUCCUCCUGUCAUGGCAGAUUUUAUCAAAAAUAUAUAAGACCCUGAAACACACGUAUAGUCUUACCUCUGACACGUGGAGGGAUGACGUUCAGAGAGACAGAAAGAGAAGUAAAAAGUGUGGUUGUUCAUUUUGAUUCCAGAAAUUCUUCAACACUGUAACACAGGCUUGGGAUAUUUGAUGAUAUGUAGCAGUCAGAUUGUAGACUGAAUGCUCCUUGUCUCACCCCACCAUCAGGGAAGCAAUGCUUAUUUGAUAAAGAUAUAAAGAUAAAAAAAAUGCUCACAGGAGCUUUAAUAAUACUUUUUAACAUACUGUAUAUUCAGGUGAUUUUACCUUUAUUAACACAAACUUUUAAAUAGUGUAUUCCAUUGCUACCAAGUCUGCUCUGCAUGAUAUGACUAUAAAAUCAAUACUGUACCUUUAAUAUCUGCCUGCCAAAUGAAAAAAAAUAACAUUUUAUAAUAAUGAUGACUCUACUGAUUAAAAACUGAUACACACGGCUCUCAUAGCAACAGAUUCUCAUCAGGCUACUUGGGGGUUGAAAAAAGCUAUAAUCUCAGUUUUUUAUCUGUGGUUCAGUGCUGAACCUGAUUCUGCAGAGGCUGGCAGUUGAUUUAACACAGUUUUUUUAUGAGGGAUUGGAAAUUAAGAUUUUAUGAGGAAACAGGCGAUUAACAACCUUUUGUCAUAUUUGGCUGAGAGGAUGUGACUGGGAUGGAGUAAAUUUUAGAUUUUGGCCUAAAACAGCUGAGAUGAAGUCUUGAUUAAAAAAAACAAAAAAACAAAAAAACAACUGUUUUCUGAUCUGCAUCAAUCAAGAGGAGUUCUGCCAGUUUUUACCAGGAGAACAGUGUUGGAAAGAAAUGUCUCUAAAACUGCAGAUUCUUUGCCACGACAGUUUGGGAUGGUUAAAUCGCUGAAUUUCUUAUUUUUUUCUAUAACAGCUGCAUUAAAGUUCAAUCAAUCAAAUCAAUCAAACAAAUUUUAUUCAUUCAGCGCCAAUUCACAACAGUUGUCAUCUCAAGAAGCUUUUCGAAGAACAAGAGCAGGUCUAGACCACGCUUAUUGUUUGAUGAUCAAGAACCAACCUUAGAUGUGUUUUGGCCCAUCUCAUCUAACAUGAGUAGCAGUGGCAAGAAAAAACUUCCUUUUAACAGGCAGAAAAAAUGACACAGUGACUGCAAAUGCUGAGGAUCUGAAAGAAAGGACAGCAAAUUACUGUAUGAAAUCUUAAGUUUUCAGAUAUAUCAUCCAACCCUACACGUCUAUGAUGGUGCAACAUACACAAGGAAAGAAAAAACAAGAAAACACCAUCCUCCAUUGAAACCAAACAACCUCUACAUCAACACAAGCAUCUGCUGACAUUCAAGACUGACCUGAAGUAAGAUUUUGGCAAAAGUACUUCUAUCUAAAGGGAAGAAACACUUGAUGACUGACUAUUAUGCUGUUUAUUUCCAAAGGAGGAUGGAAGACGUUAGAAAGGAAAAGAAGCAUCAUUCUAAUGUCAGCCAAAAGUGAAAUAAAAAAAACAAACAAGAGGAAGGACUUAACAGGUCAGGAAAAAUGCAAACGUUCACUCACCACGGUUGUUGGAAAUUUGGAUCAGUUGAGCAAAAUAAUAGAAGUCACGUAAAACAUUUUCAAAUCUGAAAUGUCAAGACCAGUCCUGGAAUAUUUAGAGCAGAGAUGUCACAACACCAGAAAUACUUGCUGAAAUCAAAGGGUAUCAAUGGCAGCUUAAAAAAGGAACACCUCGGUUCCCAAAAAGGAUACUAAUGUUGGUUUUUGAUUUCCAAUAUAUUGAUAGUGAUAGACGGCAGCAUUAACAGGAUUUUUCCUUAAAGUAAUGUUGAACCAAAGUAAAACAUCCUUUAUUUUUCCUUUAUUUUUUGUGCUCUCUGUAUUUUUCAUUUCUCACAAAUUUGGUGAUUAUAUUGGCAUCAAUCAUUUGUUAGGUAGUGGCACUUCCCAUCAGUGGUCUACAGGCAGGGACUAAUAGAUGACAUACAGAGACCAGGUGACAUGGCCAAAUUUCCGCUUCUCUCUGCCUGUCUGCAACAUAAAUAUUUACAACCUGUGUGUCUUUAUUAGGUGCUGAUAAAGUCACUAAGUUUUGGUAAUUACCAUUAGCAAAAGGCAGAGCGGAGACACACAGAGGGAUACAAAUCAGUGCAAUUAAGCACUUUCCUGCACUUUUUUUUUUUUACAUUUCUGAAGUUUAACAACAACAGUAAAACAAUCAGCAAUUUUUAUCAGGCUGAAUAUCAGCAACUUAUUUACUGACGCUCUCUCCUCACUAUAUCUCUGUGAUGAAAAACCACCAUUGCUCACAUUAUUUCUCUCUUACUCACCUUGACUUCCUCACAGCAGCCUGUGAUUGAUAACAUGUUCAUUUAGAAAGUUUUGACCUGACUCUAAGUUGUAUUUUAAUCUGUAUGGAUUAAUAAAAUGUCUAUGAAGCAGCUUCGAUCCAAACGCUCUUGAAGACAAAAAAGAAAAAUGAAAUGAAACAGCUUUUGUCUGGUGAAUUUAAAUAAAAUUCAAGCUUGACACGGCCCAAAACAGUCUUGUCCUGAAAGAACUUCAACAAAGGAGAGGACUCAAGAUACACGUCCCUGCGGAGAUGGAAAAACACAUCAAUUAUCUGAGUGACUCACACAGGAACAGUGUCCAGUUUGUCAUUCGAUAGCUGAUUUUUCAACCUGAACCUGUUUCCUGUGACUUCUGUUGGACACGCCAAGUCUGGAUAUAGCUGGUUAUCUGUCCCUCUGCUUUCCUGUUGACGUCUGUUGUUGUGUAUUCCUGCAAGCAUAAAUAAGACUGAGCCUGAUGCUUGAGAGAAAAAAAAAUAUAGAAAGAGUGAUUAACAUGGCAUGAGCUGCACACACACACACACACACACACACACACACACACACACACACACAUACACACUGCGGUGACACACCCCCAAGUUCAGGACCUGUGUGACUUCCCUUUUGUGCACAAUGAGAUAUACACAAGCCCUUGCCCUUUUCCUGUAUCCAAAUAAACAGACCAAAAAAGGGCUAAGUAGUGGGAACACUGCUGUAUGUGUGUGUGUGUGUGUGUGUGUGUGUGUGUGUGUGUGUGUGUGUGUGUGUGUGUGUGUGUGUGUGUGUGUGUGUGUGUGUUUGCACGUGUGUUGGGUGUGUUACGUAAGUCUGAUGUGGACCCCUCAGCCCCCUUCAUUAGUGCUGCCGUUCAGCUCCUGCUUCCUCUGGUCACAGUUCAUUGACCCGUCGGCCCAAAACAGACAUGGGAGUUGGAUUUGUCUGUUUGUGUAUGUUUCCGUCCCAGUGCGCGUCCAGCUGUGGAGCUGACUUCAUCUGGCCUCUCAUUUGCACAUACUUAUCAUUUAUAAACACUCUUUAGCUUCAGUUGAACUUAUUGACAUGGCUCUUAAGCUCAUCUGAGUAGUUGAACAGACAAUGUUUGUUCUUCCAUUUAUCAUCAUGUUCCUCUUAAAAAUGUCGCUCUUUGAGUCGUCCUCCCAGUCUGACCUUGAUAAACUCAAACUGCACUGCUGAGCUGUCUGAUAUCAGAGAAAAACUAUCUUCAUCUUACAUGGGCAGACUUCCCAGCCGUAAUCAACAAAGACAGAUUUAAAGCUUAAAGGAUUUAAUGAGGUCUUGGGUAUUUUUUGGCAAGUUCACGCAUCAUCCCAAAGUUUCAGGGCACAGGUGGGCUGUAGGGGUGGGCGAAAAAAAGUAUUGUUUUUUUCAAAACAUUGUUCAUAUGAAGCCAAAUCUAUGUUAGUAGAAAAUAAAAUCAACUGUUUGUCCAGUGGGGUUGGCAGAGGUGGCAUCAUAGAACAGGAGAAAAUAAGUACAACAAAUAUAUAUAAAAAGGUUUACAAGAUGUGCUACAUAAAAAUAUAUUACUGUGUAAAUAAGACAAAUAUAAAUCUAAAAACGUAUAAAUCUUAAUAUACUGUAUCGCAAUACUAACUGUAUUGCAAAAUGUUAAAAAUUUGCAAUAAUAUCGAAUCGUGGCUGAAGUAUCGUGAUAAUACUGUAUCGUGGGGCCACUAGUGAUUUCCACCCCUAGUUCACUGAUAUUGAUUUAUCUGACUGAUACUGAUGAGACUGAAAACCAGUAUCUGGAUGCAAUGUGCAUUUAGAGUCUAAAUAACUACCAUAAUUAUAAUACCGUAAAGGCUCCUCUUUGUAUUUGUGGGUGUGGGUCAGCUUUGUGUUAAACUGUGGUCGUCUGUGUGUUUUCUAGGCGACCUCCGCCUGCAUCCCGGCCCCCUCCAAUGAUCUGGUGAGUCCUCUUUACAUAUUCAUUCCUGUUCCUCAACAGUAUCCUGUAUAUGCGUCUAGCUUUCCCUCUGUGUCUCAGUUACGAGGUCUGGCUUCCCAAAACCACAGUAUGGUUUCCUCCUGCUGAAUUCCUUUUGGGAAGCCGAGCCCUCAGCCUGGUCUGAGCUUGGUUCAUUCCUGGAGCACUGCAGGAUUUCGCCUCAGGAGAGAAUGAAGUCGAUGUUGCUUCAGGAAGUAGUCAUGUUUAUCCAUUAGAGAGUGUGUUUGUUUAAUUAACUCUCCUUUCCUUCCUCUGUGUCCUCCUCCUCCUCCUCCUCUUCUCUCCUCCUUCUUUCCCUCUCUUGCCUCCACUUAACCUCCUCCCUUUGCCCCACUUCCUCUUAUCAUCCUCCUCUUCACAUUCUUCUGUCCCCUCGUCUUUUUAAUCCUGUCACCACUCCUUCAUGCAUCCAGCAGCGCAGAGGGACCGCUCCUUCUCGACACACCCAGCACCUGGUGAGCACACUUUAACCUUACAUCCUGACUCCUUGUCCUCCUCAUCCCCUCUCUUUCCCUCUGCACCCACCCUGACCUUCUCCUCCCAUGUCACCAGUGUAAUUUUUAAAGUUGUGGGGAUGUACUUGACUUUUUCAUUUAGAUGCAGAUCAGGCUAGUAUUGGCCUUUGUUUACAAAGGAGGCCAUAUACCCGUCUUCUUCACGUCAUUACUUCUUCUAUCAAGGUUUUGUUUUCCACUCGCCUUCCUUGUAACGUGUUCAUGAUAUUCAACUUCCGGCUCGAACGGUGUAGCAUGUGCAGAAUGAUCAGGCUUGUUUAUAUAUAGCUGAAACCUUUCCUCACAACGACAAGAAUACUUGUGAGCAACAUUUCAAGACGAUUUAAAUCUACAAAGUACAGAUUAGGGGGAAAAUGCAAGCAGUGAAAGAGAAUUUGAGGUGGCUGUUUCUUUGACAGAGCUGCAGGAGGGGCUUGAGUUUUAGCAGCAGCUUGAUAGGACGGCACAGCCUGACAUAAUGCUGCAGCCAUGUCUUGACUUGAGUCAUUCAGGAAACUAGAAAAACACAUUCAGGAGUUUCACCGCCAUCCAUGUCUCAUGUUAUAAAACUUUGCUGCAGUUUCGUAGUAAUCCAGUAUUGUAGCGUUAAAUUCAUGUUCAGAUCAACAUGAUAGGUCCUCUUUAAACUGUUUUUUCCAAUUUCAGGUCUGACUGUAUGACUACACACAGAUUUUUGGGUGUAGUCAUACAGUCUUUAAGUCCACUAACCAAUACUGUGCACUGACUUUAAUCUCCCCUCAAUGACUUUAGAAAUAAAUUUCUGUUUUCUUUUCUCUUUUUUCCGUUCACCUGGAGACACUCAUGGCACAUCCACUGAUUUCAAUGUUUAAGGUUUUUACUCCGGGUCUGAACCCAGGAUGUCAUGAUGUCACGUAACCUCUGUGUCACCUGGUUGAGCUCUGGAUGCAUUUAUGCCUAAACACUUUGAGAUGAAGCUGCAGAGUCUUUUUUUUUUUUGAAAAACACUUAGAAAACUUUGAUUUCAUCACAGUGAAGGAUAAAUUAUUUGUAAAAGAUAUUUUUUGUAAUUUCUCACAGGGGUCGACUAAGUCUCUGACCUACACCAAACAGAGGAACACCCUCCCCAGGUAAAAGUUGUGUUAUUAAGGUCCUGACAUAUGUGUUUAUGAAUUCCUGAGAGAAAUUUCUACAAUAUACAAAAUAAUGUCCCUCUGUUGACAUCUUGACUCUGCUUUACUCUUUGGCCUUUUCACCUGUCGUUUUGUUUACUGCCUUGUUCACUUGCUUUCGCACCUACAGCCACCUUCCCACUACUCUUUCCAAAAGGUUCAGUGUCUGUUUAGUGAUGGAGAAAGUUGGCUUUUGAUCUGACCUCUAUGUUGCUCACAGUAUCUAGUUUCUCUCACUUCACUCUGUUCUUCCUCUCCUACCCACCUUUCCCUCCAUGCAUUCAGCCAAAGGUUUUAUUAGCUUGUAAGAAGGAACGCAUUCACUUUAAGCUGCCUUGAACACACUCUGACCCACGUCCACCUUCCUCUUCUUCUCUGCAUGAACACACAACUCAUCGCUUCCCCCUUUCCCUCUCCUCUUCCUCGUUUCUGUUCCUGCAGGAGCUUCAGUGUGGACCGUGUGAUGGAGAGAGUGAUGGAGCGCCACUACGACUUCGACCUGACCUACAUCACUGAGAGGAUCAUUUCUGUCUUCUUCCCCCCAAAGCUUGAGGAGCAGCGAUAUCGUAUCAACCUGAAGGAGGUGGCAGCCAUGCUCAAAUCCAAACACCAGGACAAAUUCCUGGUGAGGGAGCAGAAAGGCAGCUCAUUGUGUCUGUGUGCUUUGUGGUGUUUGUCACAGCAGUGAUUUCACCUCGUUCCUGACUGAUAUAGUUUAAAUGUUUGCUGCACAAUAGACAAAAGAAACCUAUAGCCACAGGAAGCUGCAAAGUACACUCAGCAACCCACAAAUUAGCAGUUUGUUUGUUUUUCCUGGCACACCCAUGAUAAAAUAAGCAAAAUGAUGAGUGUCUACAGUGAUUUACAUCUUUUCUGUUUCAGCUCCUGAACCUCUCUGAGAGACGCCACGAUAUUACCCGCCUGAAUCCAAAGGUAAACUGUUUUGAAUUUCUAUUCCUGUGUUAAAUUCAGCUCACAGCCUGUACUUAGAUGCCCUGAACGUGGUUUUUCCCUCCAUAUAAACCACCAGGUUCACGACUUUGGCUGGCCAGACCUCCACGCCCCACCUCUGGACAAGAUCUGUGCCAUAUGUAAAGCCAUGGAGAUGUGGCUGACCUCCGACCCCCAGCACGUGGUGGUCCUGCACUGCAAGGUCAGAGUUCAGGGUGCGAGCAGGGUUUUUAAGACAGAUGUGGCAUUUCUUUCCCAGGCCCCCAGAGAGCAGAUUUAUCAAAAUGCAGUCACAAGUUUUGUUUUUGUUCCUUCUUGGCAACAUAGAUUAUUAAAGAUGUCUGCUAUAGUAUCAUCAAGGAUCAUAUACGUACCCAAGCUCCCAUCAGCUACUGUAUGCUGUUUUUAGUUCUUCAUCUAAAGUACUUCACCUUUCAUGAAUACAUUGCAAAAACUCAAAACCAGGCAAGAGGUUUUUGUCUCAUUUCCAAUGGAAAUAUGGGAUUAAACUUAAUAAAUACCACAGGGCCAGCUGUGUCUCUGAGGUGGAGUUGGUUGGAAUAAAAGUUGCACGAUAGGGGACUCGAUCCCACAUCCUGCCCCUACUGGCUGCAUCAGCAGUGUAUGAAUGGAAUUUGUCAAUAUUUAUGUGCACUUCACAUAGCAGCUUCCGUGCAGGAUGGAUGACAGGAUGAAUGUGAGACGUUGAUGGAACAGCACUUUGAGCUGUUAUAAGACUGGGAAAAGGGGAUUUAUGAAUACAGUCUACUAUUGUUUUUACCUUAUAGGUCCAGAUCAACAUCUUAUUAAAAACAUUAAGAAGUAAAACCAUAGACUGUCCAUAGACAUGGACAUAGUCUGCCUCCUCACUGGAUAAGGCCAACAGGACAGCACCCUCUGGUAACUGGCUGCAGUGUAGGUCAUACAUCCUGCCUCCUUCAGAAAUCCCUAUGGAGCUGUGGACAAACUUUAGAAAUUUAUUACACAGAUGAGUCUUGACAAAUGUUAGCUUCUGUAAAAUUGAAAGGAGUCCAAAAAAAUGCAGUAAUUCGAAAUUGAACAAAGCACAGAAAAAAGGAAAUAUAUAUUAAAAAUGUGAACAUGUCCUGUUACUUUUAUUUUGAAAAAGUAAUCACUGAUCAAGUUUAACGUGUCUAAAGCGUAAUUUGUUUCCCUUUCUUAACGCUUCUUCUACGAUUUCUGAUGCACAAGUUAAAAUUUACAGCUUAAGCAUACCUCAGUUUAAACCAAAAUUGCAGAGUGCACCAUAAACUGAAAUUCAAUAAGCUUUUCAACCCCCGCCAAAGAGCCAACCAUACAAUUAAGCUGAAACUGUGUCACAUUCGAUUUCAACUUUCACAUAUUUCAGCUGUUUAUUGAUGUCGUCCUCUCAGGGGGCGUUAUGGCAUUUCAAACUGUACUUCCACUACCACCACCAAACAGAAAGCAGCCAACACAGAGGGCGAGCGAUCUCCCACAGCCCUGUCUGUUGUUUCAUUUAUUGACUGUGUUUUGGAGAAAUGGAACACUAAAACCAGACUCCCUCUGUGGUCUGUUGGUUUUCCAGAACAUUCCAGCUACAUGCAUUUUCCCCCAGCUGCACAUCACACCGCAGAUGUGAAUAAACAAGUUUUAGUCAAUGAAGAAAAUUCCUCAGAGAUGCACGCUUGGGAAAACAUGCUUUCAUUUGUGCUUAGUGUGGACUGUGCAGCCAUGCUUGUAUCUGGAGGGGUCACUUUAGGAAUUUGAGGCUGGAAUGUCUUUGGAAUGUGUCAGGAAGUACAGAGCUCCUGGUGUGAGAAAACACGACAGGGAACUUUUUAAUUUGAACUCAAGCUGCUGGUCAAUAUCUUCCCCUGUCCCUCUGUGUGUCUGUAUCCAAAGUAAGUCCUGCAGUCUAAACUUUAGGUUCCUAUAAGCUGUAAAAAUCAGCUGUCCUGGAACAGACCACUGUGCCAGAUGACAGAAUCUGAGACCUGUUUCUCAAAGAUACCUCAGAGUGGUCAAGAUUUUUAGCCACUCCUCAAAGACAACCUAUUAUAGACUAGGGUGACCAUAUUCUGAACCCCGAAAAGAGGACACUACUAUGCCGGGUGGAGUCGCACGCAAAAUUUUGAGGGUUUUUCACGUUGGAUUGAGUGUAAUCUUCUAACUCAGUUCAUCCACGCUACAUAAACUCAAAACUCCUGUACAAAACCCUGGACAUUUGAAGGAUUUUAUAAACUCCCCCAGACGGGCCAGACAGCCCCCAAAAAGACGACAUGUCUGAUUAAAAGAGGAUGUAGGGUCACCCUUUUAUAGACUCUCUAAAAAGGGAUUUUAUCUCAAUGAGGAAAUCCAUUUUCCCUGGACAGACAUUUUGUAGCCCAACAACCACAGAGAAAUCAGCCAAGUACCCACAAAUUUAUUUUUUGAACUAGGCUUUGAUCAUGUUUAAUUUCACUGUUAAGAUGGUCUUUUUAUCACAGCAAUUCCUCUGCUUUUUCAGCCUCCCUGAAGUGGACACGUAAGCAGUAGCGGUUCUAGGCACGGGCGAACAGGGCAGCCGCCCGGGGCGGCAUUUGUGUCAUGACUCAUGGGGGGCGGCACGAGCACUUCCAAAAAAAUAAAAUAAAAGAUAAUAAUAAUAAAUCUUCACCGCAAAGCGGUUUUGUAUUAACUCUUGUUGUCAAAUUUGCGCCCCCCGCUGCUGUAGGCGCCCCUGCUUGCUCCGAAGGUGCUGCACAGAGGCUGACAGACUGUGUGAGAUGAGGCGGGGAGAGAGUCGCAGGGGGACAGCUCUGCUCUGUGUACGCAUGUCAGCAAAUCAGCGGGAGCGCGGCUAUGUCAUUUUGUAGUUUUUUAAUCAUUUCUGGAGUCGCGGUGAAUGAAAUCACCGUACUCGUCUGCCUUUGAUAGGCGAAUAAAGCGCUCGGGUUCAUGCUCGGAUCUUGCUACGUGCUUGAUGAGCUUCAUGAGUAAAGUAAACAAUGACUGAGGCAGAGAGCAGCUUCAGAGGAGAAACAUCCAGCAGUGUGAACAACCUCUUCAUAUGGAGUGCUUUGGCUCACACUAUCAGCGUUUUCUCUGGGUGUUGCAUGACUUUGGGUGAGAACAGAGAUGAACACACUGUCAGCCACGUAUUUAUUUAUUCAUUUUUUAGUUUUUAGUUCUGCUUUUGUACUGGCACUAUACUGGGGCAGCUGUAUACCCUUUCAACACCUUAUUUUUUAUAUUUACAUUUGUAUUGAAUGGACACUUUAUCAUGACUGCCACUUGUUUUACAGAAAGCAAAUUAUUUGUCAUUCUCCAGUGCAGAGCCUUUACUUUUAUUUACACAGCCACUUUAUUUCAUUUGAGUUUGUUUGUUCAAGGUUUUCAAAAAUGUGAUGAAGGUUUGCAAAACUAAAAGAGAGCUUUCUUGACAGCCACAUGCUUAAGCUCUCAAAUACUUUUUGAAUUUUGUUUCUAUCUACUACAGAGGCAGAGAUAUCACCUUUUUGUAAACCUUAAGUCAAAAAACCUCAGGAUCUGGGGGCCCUUCUCAAAAUGGGCCACAGCUGCUUAUUGGUGGUUCUUAGGCCUGUCGCGAUAAUCAAUAAAUCGCCUUAUCGCUCGAUAAAUAAAAACGAGGUCGAUAACUUUGCCAGCCUCGAUAAUUGACGUGCGUCUGUUUUCCACCGCUCUCGCUACCAAACACGCUGGAUGAGAGAAGAGGUCUCACUCUGCGUAUUGUUCUCGGCACCUAGGGGUGUUGGCUCUAUAGCAGAAUGAACGGAGUUAGUGAACCCUCCUGUCAGUCAUUCAGUGUCUUUGUUACGAGGGGGCGCGCGCGCAGGUACACGUAGGCGCGCACAGGCACACAGACACAGACUUUUGGAUACAGUGCUGCAAGUGAGCGUCGUGAGUGAAAAGCAAGCUAACAGAAUGAACACGACAGCUUUGGUGUCUAAACCGAACGCAACAACCCAAGUGUGGGAAUAUUUCGGCUUUAAACCACUUUUGUUUUCGUCAACCACAAAACUCCACGUGUGUGUGUGUGUGUGUGUGUGUGUGUGUGUGUGUGUGUGUGUGUGUGUGCGCGCGCGCGCGUGCGUGUGUGUCUGUGUGUUGGAGGAGCACAGCAGGCUGAUGAGAGCUGUCAAAGCGGACUGAAGCUGCUCCUGUAUGUUUAGCGUUUAACUGACUGAGUUUUGCAACUCUGUUCGUCAUUUUCGUCUCGUCCCAUCAACGUAAACGCACUUUCGUCUCGUCACAUUUUAGUCAUCUCCGACUUAUGUUUAGCUCGUCAACGUUACGUCUUCGUCGUGGGAGAAAAGGGAAAUAUUUUAGUCAACGAAAACAACCAGUGUUGUUCUCGUGUGGAAAUUAAAGUUUAUCACUUUUGACAUGGUGUACUCGCAUUAUUAUGCCAUAUAAUAUCAUUAUCUAUAAUUUAAAAAAUGGUGUCAAUAAUAUCGUUUAUCGGCGAUAAUUUGUAGCACAAUUAUCGUCCAGCAAAAUUUGUUAUCGUGACAGGCCUAGUGGUUCUUGUUUGACAUGGACGGGCAUCAUUUUCAUUUUCAGUUUGUUUUCCUGCCAGUUACAAACUCCUCAUAGCGCCUUUAAGUUUCCAUCAGCAGCGUAUGCUUAUCUUUAAACUAAUUUCCUUGUCUUGUAUGUAUUUAGUAGAUAUGCCAUAUGCUAUUCCUGUGCCAUUCACCUACCAUUAUCUGAUGACAUGUCUUAUCUGUUCCCCCCCACAGGGCAACAAAGGUAAAACAGGAGUCAUUAUUGCGGCCUACAUGCACUACAGCAAAAUCUCUGCAGGGUGAGUGUGUCGCACACAUCCACAGACACUCAGACAUUCUUCUGAGAAUCUCCACGCAGUAAAAGUAUUUUUAUCCCUGUGCAUAAACAUGCAUUUUUCUGUCUGAAUUUUGAUGUAAAUACUCAAAUAUGCAUAUUAAAAAAUGAUUGCAACAGAGAGCGACAUCCAUUUCUAAUUUAAGAAUAUCCAACACAAAGAUUUCCAUUCAGACUCUGUUGAUAAGUGCUGUGAUUAAUUAUGCCCGGUGGACUCUGCAGUGGAACAGUGGAAACUGGUUUAUCCUGUGGCUGAUGCCAGCUGUAUCCUCUCCAUGUGCUCUCUAGCAUCAAGACAGUCUGGUGCAAGUCCCAUGAUGGAAAUUGCUGGUUAAAAGCAACUGUAUGUGUGUCUGUAUGUGUGUGCGUGUAUUUGCAGGGCGGAUCAGGCUCUCAGUACUCUUGCCAUGAGGAAGUUUUGUGAAGAUAAGGUGUCCUCUUCCCUCCAGCCCUCCCAAAACAGGUAGAGGCCACCGGAUGAAAAGAGGGGAAAUUGGGUUGAGGGAGGGUAAAAGGUGGGGGGUGUUGAGGGGGUAUCCAGCAUCAUAGCUGAGGUUCAUGAAUGCAUCCCUUUAGCAUCCUAUUCAGGCAGGAGAAAGAGGAAACAGCUGUUAGCCUCAAGCUCCUCGUAUGGACAACUGCUGAUUAUUUUAUCAUAAAUCUCAAGUUAAAGCUCAUUUAGCCUCACUGGACACAGCUGCUAUGAUGACUCACUAUCAGACUGUAAUCAUUAAUGAGGAAAAUCAGGGUCGUAGCUGAUUUGAUUUCUAACAUCUGAGGUUUUUUCUGUCUUGACAGUUUAACAUUUCUGCUGCUUCCAUGGCUCAUUUUUUAAAUUAUCGCUGCAUUUAUUUUAUUAAACCCUGCCUGUUGAGCUAGGCUGAAAUGUAAGCUUUAUUUGAUUGGAAAUUGGAUCUUUUCAUAGUUUUUUAACAGAAAAAUGUACACAUAGAGGUGUACCAAACCGAUGCGCAAAACUAAAUGUCAAGAAAAUUCUUCAAACUCAAGAAUGUGUCUGGAUGAAGAUGUAUGUUUAGAGGUAAAAGAAAAAAAUCAACAUGAGCUGAUAAUUUUAGAAAAAAUUAAUAAAAAAAAAAUGAGGAAAAAAAAUGAAACCUCCAUUCUUAAUCUGUCUGCAUUUGUUCUUUGAAGAAUCCACUGAAGCCGUCUUUCUGGCAAAAGUACUGUCUGCUCCAGGCUGUUUUGCAUUUUUCUGCACUCUUACUCUCAGUCACCAUCUGUUAUUCGUAUUCUUCAUUUUUAUCACACUUGUUUUAUUUCAAGACGAUCUGGCUCACCUCUUCGCUCCCUCUCUCUCUCUCCCCUCUCUCUCAGAUAUAUCUAUUACUUUGGAGGCCUUCUGUCUGGGGCAAUCAAGAUGAACAGCAGCCCUCUUUUCCUCCACCAAGUCCUCAUCCCGUCCCUCCCAAACUUCCAGGGAGAAGGAGGUGAGAUUAUUAACAGUCUCUUACAGUCAAAUUAUACAAGAAAUCACUGCAAAACAUAAAUCUGCUUGCCUUUUAUGUGCAUGUGUUAAUAUGUGUGCACCUCUAUUGCUGUUUUUUACGAUCCCUUUAAUGCUAUUGGCAUAAUUUUACCAAAGUUUGUAUGCAUCACUGUGUGUGAGAUGUUCUUGAAAGAUAUUGUAAAAUUUAAGUUUUUUUUUUUCUUUCUCCCCUAAACUACCAAGCUGAAUUAAUCAUACUUCGAAGCAUUAGAGCAUUAGUGUUUAGAACUUUCACAAGUCACAUGACAUUUCAUCUUUGGUACAAGCUCUGAAGUAGUGCUGCAAACUCACUGAACCAUCUGACUUCAUGUUUGUUGUACUGACUUCAUGUUGUAAUACUGGUUUAGGUGCUGUAUAAAUAAUCAUAGCUGAUAUAUAUGCAUUAUAAUCAAUCUUACUAAUAUUAUAAUUAACAAAGUCAAACUGAAUGCAGAGAGCCGUUUCCAUGGGCAGCAGUAUUGUUCUUUCAUUGUUUCUUUCGUUGUUUGUAUAAGUUUCUCAUGUGAGGUGUGUAGUUUAAGAGAUAAGAAAAGAGACAAACUAUUGAAUGAAGCAAUACACAUUUGCAACAAUUUUAUUAUUCUGCACUAGUAUACUAAAAAUAUUUGCUUGUGUAAUUUAAUAAUAUAAGUCUUAAAUGUUGACUUAAAGACUGAGUCUUUACCCCAAAAAGAUCAGUCCUGUACAUACUGUACAUUGAAAUCCUUUUUUAGAUCAUUUAUUUCAUUUAAGAUCCUGACAUGUACCCUCUCUGUCUCUGCUCUGUCUGACAAUCUGUGUUAACUUUUGGAGAGAUAAAUACAUUUUAAAUGUCUAUGUUCAAUAAGAUGUUUGUGUUGGCAUGGUGCUCUGCCAGGCCUCCCUCUUGAAUCCCAGCCAUGCCUCUGACUCACCGCUCCCUCAGAUAGGCAUAUUCACCCUCCGCCCACAAAAACUAGUCUGUUUAUCUUUAAUCUGAUGAUCGAGUCCAGAAGGCGGGGGUGUCAGUCAGCACAUUCCUCCAUCCUCCAUGUUGAUAAUGCCCACUGUGUCUGAAUUUCUCUCUCCUCCCUUUAGGUUACUUCCCCUUCUUGAAGAUCUACCAGUCCAUGCAGUUGGUGUACACUUCAGGCAUCUAGUGAGUCUUUGUUGCUGUCAUAUGGACAAUGAUAGCACAGAUAAACAUGGGCCUGUGUUUUCUUUUAGGAGCUUUCAUGAGGUUUUAACCAUGUCACCAGGCAAUUAAAGUGACAGGAGUGAAGGAAACUGCACAGAGAGCAUCUUUAUUCUUUGGUCAGACUUUAAGGAGUCAUUACUUCCUUCUUUCUUGUGUAGCUUUCGGCCUUUCUAGGCACUAAAGUGAUUAAAGUAACUGUCAAGGAAGGUUUUGAUCAAGUUGGACCUUUAAAAAUCUGACCAAAAAACACGCAGACUUGUAAAUCUCUAACAGUGUGUCAGUAUUAGUCACAUAGUUCCUGUGUUUGUUUGUGUACCCCGUGUUGUUUGCAGUGAUCUUCAAGGCACUGGAGGCAGACGUCUGAGUGUGACCAUCGAGCCGGCACUGCUGCUAAAGGGCGACAUCAUGGUAAGUUCACAUGAAAAGAAACGGCGUCAGAGGACCUCUGAUAGACAUCACAAUCGCAGAGAUGGAGAAAGUGAAUCUGGAGGAAUCUAAUGAGAUCCUUUAACACACUCAAUAUUAAAAUAGAUAAAUGAUGGAGGCUAUCUGACCUCAUGGGGACAAACCACACAUGAUUUUGAAUUUGCACAGAGAUUUUUAAUCUUUCUAGGAUGGUCUAAAUUAUGAUCUUUGGGUAAAGUUGUCACUUUUUCCCAUGUUGUUUUAUACCCUGAACAUCAAGAGGUAAGUGUGCAUCCAAGAGACCAAUACUUAAUCAUGUUUCAGCUGCAAAGAAAUACUGUCUACUGUAGUGCUCUUGACCUUAACCACCAGUAUCUAUAGAGUAGGUGGUACUAGAAAGUGACAAUUCAGCAGGUUAAAAAACAAACACUUUACAUGAACUACAGGCCAAAAGUUUGGAAGCAAGGCCAUUACAGUCCUAACAGUUGGGAGUAACUUUAAGUUUUGGUUCACAAUUCUUUUUUUAAAAUCCAGCAUGAGCUUUAUGUAUUUUGGGAUGUAUUUACUCCAUGAUCAGAUUUUGCUUUCAUGGAAAUGCACCAUUUUACUCCAUUUACAAAAAUCCUAAUAAAUCUCAACUGCGUUCAAACUACCGCUAAAAUGGCUAGAAAGAAGCAACUGAGUAAAGAAACAAAAGUACAGAUUUGUACAUUGAGAAAAGAAGGAUACACACAAAAAGAAAUUGCAAAACACCUUAAAGUGUUUAACAAAGGAUUCCACUACACUCUGAAGAGACUAGAGGAACCUGAAAGUUAUGAUGAUAGAAAAAGACCUGGACAAAAGAGAGUUACUACAAAAGCAGAGGAUGAACAUAGCAUUGUCACCAGUAAGAGAGAUCAGCGAAAGACAGCACCAAAAAUAAGGGAGAAAAUCAAGAUGACAAGGUCGAAACCCAUAUCUCUGACAACUGUGAAAUGACGUUUGAGAAAGGCUGGUCUGAAUGGUUGUGUAUCUGCAAAAAAAACACUACUUCGUCCACAGAACAAGAAAAAGAGAUAUGAGUGGGCAAAAGCUCACAAAAAUUGGACCUAUGAUGACGAGAAACAAGUUUGCACUGUUUGGUUCAAAACGCAGAGUCUAUGUCCGCUGACAAACUGGUGAACGUCUGAGAGCACCAUGUGUUACACCCACAAUUCAGCGUGGAGGUGGUAGUUCCAUGGUAUGGGGAUGUUUUGCAGGUGAAGGAGUAGGAGAUUUGUUUAAAGUAAAGGGUAUCACAAAGAAGGAACAGUACCACUCCAUCCUCCAGCACCAUGCUGUUCCAUCUGGACUAAGACUUGUGGCUCAUAAUUUUGUUUUGCAGCAAGACAAUGACCCUAAGCACGCCAAGCUCUGUCAGGGUUACCUAGACAAAAAAGAAGAGGAAGGUGUUCUUCAAAAGAUGGUUUGGCCCCCUCAGUCUCCAGACCUUUCUCCAAUUGAGCUUGUGCGGGAUGAAUUGGAUCGAUCAGUCAGAAAAACACGUCCCACGAAUCAGCAGUCUCUUUUUAAUGAACUUAAGAAAGCUUGGAAUGCAAUCCCUGGAACAUACCUUAAAAAACUUGUGGAACGAAUGCCUGGUAUAUGCCAAGCUGUUGUUAAAGCCAGAGGAGGUUACUUUAAAGAAAGCAAAGUCUAAGCAACAAUAACUCAAAUACCUAAUAAUUAUAGUCAAAAUGUCUUCUGAUAAGUUACUCUUUACACAAUAGUCAUGUUUAUUGUGUUGCAAAUUAUAUAUAUGAAACUAUGAUCUUUGUUUGUACAAAUCUGAUCUUGCUUCCAAACUGUCGGCCUGUAGUGUAUGUUUAACAAAUGUGCUUCAAUGUGCUAAACUAGCAGAGCUCAUCCAGCACCAUAAAUUUUAGUCUGGGACAAGGUUUUGUCACUUUGUUAACAAGGAAUCAUCAUUUGUUCCUUCUCUGCAGUCUGUCAUUUCAGAAAGUGUGGGUGUCACUCAUUUUGGAUGAGUGAAGCCUCAAAUUUACUGACCAAAACCUCUUAUUAUCCCACACACAUGCUGAUCUGUCUUCCUCCCUCAUUUCUUGUCUCUCUGCUGCCCUCUGCAGGUCAAAUGUUACCACAGGCGAGCGCAGAGUGCUGACAGAGACACAGUGUUCAGGCUGCAGUUUCACACAUGCACCAUCCACGGAUCCCAGCUGUGGUUUGGCAAAGGGGAGCUGGAUGAAGCUUGUAUUGGUAAGUGGUAAAGGGAUGUCUGUCAUACUGGAAUAUUACUUACAGGAUGCAUGGAUGCUGAAUCGAAUGAUAAAACUCUGACUGUAUGAUUUAUCCUUUUUUAAAAGGUGACACAGUCAUACUUAAAGUGUGCAAGAACAGUGAUAUUGUUGCUUAAAUGGAUAUUCGUCAAAGGGAUAUAAGUUAUGGUCAAACACACUGUUACACCGAGUUAGACACCCCUUCGAGAGAUGAAUGUUGUCGACCGCUUGCUUCUCUAGUUAAACUUUAGGAACACAGCAGUCUACAUCCUUUGCUUGAUUUCUUUAGCAAAGAGACUAAACACAACUCACCCACUUUCUCCCAGCAGCUGCUUGUUUGUGGGGAAGCCCUGAAGAGUCAAUUACCAAGUGCAGCAAAGUUUCGCAGCUCAAGGAAGAACAUUAAGGAUCAUUUCUAUAUGGAAAUGCAAUCAGGCCGAGACGCUAAGGCAAAAGAACUACCGUGUCUGCAGUGCAAAAUGAUUAUUAUGAUGAUUAUUAUUUCAAGGGAAUGAUCCACUGCCCUUGGAGAUCGACUCAUCAGGGCAUUACUAAAGUUUGUAUAACUAGAGAAGCAAACAGUCGGCAAUAUUCCUCUCUCGAGGGGGUGUCUAACUCGGUGUUAAGGUGUGUUUGACCAUAGCUUAAUUUUAUGCCAGAAUACCCCUUAAAGGGCAGAGCAGAUUUUAUAAGAUCUUGCUACAUUGGCUAAUCCUCAUGCAGGGAGAAUUUGCUGAUUAACCACCCUGUACAAUAUUCUUACAUAACACCAUUUCUUUGGAAAUCAGCACAGUGGAAAGUCACCCUCAGUGAUUUGUUACCUUGAGCAGCCUCCUUAUACUGUGAUGGAAUAAAUCCUUUAAUAGUAGCAGCUAAGUCUCCAUCUUGGACGUAAUGACGGCCCCCUGGAGGUCAGUAACAAGAAUAAGUUGGACUGUAUGAAAAGUUGGAGUGUUUCUAACUUUUCCUCGGCCUGCUGAACACUGGUCUGCUGCCUAAGUCUAUAAUGAACAGGGUCAUUACCUCAUUUCCUCUCGGUUUCACUUUCUGUGAAAUGAUGAAACACACUCAGCUGAGAAAUAGAUCUGUAAAGGAAAGGAGGUUUUGUAUGUGGUUAUCAAUCCAUUACACUAAAUGAAGCUUUGCUAAUGUACAUAAACACACCAUUGUGGGUUCAUAAGACUCAGCACACAUCUGUGAAAAGGAUCAGUGUGUUGAUAUAUCGGAACAGAAACACUAUUUGAUUUGUCUGUGGAGGUUCCCCACAUUACUGAUGCUCUGCUAUGCCUUCAUAAAUCUGUGUCUCUUAGAAGAAGAUUAUAUUUGCAGCUGAAGACAGAGGAGAUGGAGAGAAACUUUAAAAGGACAUUUUUAAUCUCCCUGUUUUAUCCCACAGAUGAGCGUUUUCCAUCUGAUGCCACAGUAGAGUUUGUCUUCUCCUCUGGACCGGAGAAAAUCAAAGGUUGGUUCACUUGAAUUAAAGUUCUCCUUGACAGCCUUUCUCCUUUAAGAUAAGUUUUGUCCCUGUUAAAUUUUUUUCAUAUUAGGGAUUUUUUUUAACUUAAAUGUACAGUAUCCUUUGUAAAUCAGCAUGAUUGUCGGGUAUCUUUUAUAACUAUAGAACUGUUGAACUUCACACUUCUGCACAAUACAAGUGCCAACAAAACAGGGAGUACCAUCAUUUUUACCCACAUAAAGCACUGGCUUUAUCUACGGGUCUGUAGUGUUUCUUACACUCCAAAUUAGUGCUCUGUUAGAUCUUGUGAAGUGGUUGCAAAGUGGUAGCUCAAACUCUGAGUACUGUUUCAGUUGACACAAAGUGCAUAUCAUUUCUGACCUGUUGCUUUGACCACUUUUCAAAGUGGUGUGGUUUUUUUUUGCCAUAGCAGUGGCAACAGAGGGAAGAACACACUAUAGUAGCUUCACUAUGGUGUGCUGAAAGGGAUAAAAUAGAAUGCAGUUUCACUCCUUACUUGGGGUGUGAUCUGUCCUGCUCUUUAGUUUCAAAGGAUGUUGCAAAUUAACAUCUGCCAUGAACACAGUGACACGUGAAUGGCUGAUCCCAGUUUUUCUGUUCCUAUCGAACAAAUUAUAAAUAAAUAAACAAAAAAGACUUGUAGUAGGAAGUAAACAAAGGUGAUUUAUGUCCUUUUUCAGGCCGUGAGUACCAGAAGAACGACCCGGCUGUGACAGUCGACUACAACACAGCUGAUCCAGUGGUUCGCUGGGAUUCCUAUGAGAACUUCAACCAACGCUACCAGGACAGCCUGGAGGGUAACACACUGACUCUCCUCUUUAUAUCCUAUCCCAGUUUGGUGUUUAGUGAUAACUGAUGAGCGACAACCACCAAAUGGCCUUAAAAUCACUAGCCUGGUCCUUUCACACUGGGACCGUUUUUAUCGUGCCAUUAUUUCGGACGUCAGUAUAAUUUUUCGAACCCAUAUCUUGCCAAUACAAGAGUUCACAUCAGUGGCGUUUUGCUGUCCUGGGAUAUUGCGGCAUUUAUUUUUUGUGAUCAUGGUUAAUUUUUCUGAAGUUUCACAUACUGUGUGUCCUGUGUGUCCUGUGUGUCUGACCAAUCAGAUAGCGUGUUGUUGCGACGUUUGAUUCACCGGUAUAUCCAACAUGGCCGACCGGCCGAUUGUUUAUGUGUUGGAGAACAGAGUGCUUUUUGAAAAAAACCCACAAAAAUUACAAAGAUAACAAACUGAAGGACAAUUUGUGUGCUUUAACAUGUUGCUAAACGUCUUUGUUUUAACUUUCAUCUGUGCUAAGUAACUUUAGCUUGUAAGCUAACCUGUUCAGAUACAACAUACAGUAUGUAUUUUCACUGUCUCAAACUCAAUCACGUUGCUGUCACAGCACCAUUAGGUCUCAGUUGUUACCUUAUGUUUAUGGAUUAUAGUUUAAUGUGGUUAUCUGGUACUGGCCCUGACUCAGUACAUGCUAUCAUGACAGACAGCCAUCUCAACACUAGUGUCUAAUCAGAACUGAAAAACAGUCAGUCUGCUGUUGUGUCAGUCUUCUUGCUUCCAAAAUCGCAACGGGCUUGAUGUGUAUAGUCAGGCACGUCAAAAUUCGCCUCCAAAUAUUUCGUAAUUUCAUGUCAGAUAUUUGCAUCGGUCCCGGUGUGUAAGGACCUUUAGACUGUGAAAAUUGAAGGAAUUUCAUAAGUCAAACAGCCUAGACUUUGAGUUGAGGGAGAUCCAAACAGCUGCUGAAUAAAGUUAAACCUACAGUAAGGAAAUUUUUUAAAGGUGGGUUUGAGAGCAGAUCUUCCCUCUCUCUCUGUGCCUCAGAUAUCGCUCACACCAGAGGUCCUCUGGAUGGUAGUCUCUACGCUCAGAUCAAGAAGCGCAGAGGUCCAGGAUCCGGCUCUCUCAGCUCAACCAAUGGCAGCAGUCCAGCAGGAGGCCUUGGAGAAGACAGGCCAGAUCAUCUCAUCACUCAAGGCUCUGACUCCGCCCUCUCUGCUCAUUCCCUCCAUUUAAAUCAAUCAUCAAUCCAUCCCGACCACCAGGAGGAGCCCAUUCGCCCUCCACCGCCCACCAGACAGGAGAGAGAGGAGUUGGAACGUCUUCUCGGAGGCAUCGAGGGAAACCAAGAUGGAGAGCGAGAGACCGCCAUCUUGGAUGAUGGAGAUUCUUUGCCCUCAGAGAGAACCGGGACUCUAAGGCUCAGUCGGUCUUGCUCCUGUCGGGAUGGUUACCGGUCUCAGCGCUGUGCUGAGCCUGGCUGUGACCGCACCCUCCUCAUGCCUAAUGGUUACUGCCUUGAUCGGGCUCCUGGCACCAAUGGGCACCAUGGGGCCACCCCUUCUGCCAGCCCCAAUCCAGCUGCUCCUCCAUCACAUAUGGACCUGUGCCAGCACUACAGCCCCCACUCCCACCAGUCUCUCCCUCCACCAGACCUGGUUUGGGACCGACAGAGUGGUCCUCCACACUACCUACACCGCUCCUGCUCAGAGGCCUCCUCAUCUCGACAUAUGUGCCCGUACCCAUCUCCAGACCUCACCCCCCACCCCCACAACCAUCUCCAUCACCACCCUCUGUCUGCUCCAGGUCGCCUCUACUGUCGUGAAGAGGACUUUGGUCCCUACCACCAUCCUCCACCACCUCACAGCCACCAUCACCCCCACCCACACCACCCCAAACCUGCCACAAGCCCCACCUACCAUGACAUCAUGCUAAUGGAUAGUCUGCCUCCCCCUGGCUGUCCUUGUAGAGACUGCAGCAUCAGAAGAGACGACUCUGCGGCUUAUCACAUGAGGCUGGACCGGAGUGAGAGCUUCCACUGGGACAGGGAGGCAGAGCUCCAGCAGAGGGAGGUGGGGCUUAGGAGAGCCAGGGAGGCGGAGUUACCAAGAGGUUCAGAGCUCCACUGGGAGAGAGAUCCUGGACUGAGACGAGGCAGGGAGCUGUCUCUCCACUGGGAGAGAGACAGGGAAGCUGAGCUGCAGUGGGAGAGAGACAGAGAGGCUGAAUAUUGGCACAGGAGGGCCACCGUAGCCUCAUAUGGCCCACAGGGUCAUGAUCUUCCAGCCUUCACAUUUGACCCUUUGCCAUCAGGUCAUCCAGCCUAUCCUGAGGCCUCGAGGUCUCAUGCUCACUCCCAGCUGGACCUGAAGUACAGCAGCAGUAGUAGUGGCUACCAAACACCCCGUCAGGUGUGCCCCUGCUCGCCCUAUCAGCCCUCACCAUCUGAAAGCAGGGGCUAUGGCUCAGGAUACCAGUCUGAGUCCACAUCCCCACUACCUACGGGGUCUUGCAGUCACAGCAACGGUCCAGGAGAGCAUAACCAUAACCAUCACCACCACCAUCCAGACUCACAGCAGUCAUACGGCUCUGACUCACACACUGGUGAGUCAUUUUAACACACAGACACUCAGGCAUGUGUUUUCUUCAACAAUAAGGUUGGUCUUGAAUUGAUCUGCACAUAAGCAACUACAUUGUUCCAUUAAUAGUAAGAUUAGACACAUCCACUACACAGUGUUGACGAAAUGUCUCGUCUAACAACCUUGUCGUCACUCAGCAGCAAAGAACUGAGCUGAAAUCGUCAUGUAACACUAAAAUGGCAACAUUUAAGAAAAGUGAAGUCAAUCAUUUUUUAAACCAACAUUCAUAUGGAGUGUUAUUAGAAAAAAGUGACGCCGGUUUAAAAAACUAAUUGUCACUGUCCAAUAAAAAACACGCAUCUCCACUUUUAGCGAUCUGGACUUUUUCAAUACAUGUAUGGUCCAUAAUCUUCCCUAACAACCUGUAGCUUUGGGUAUCCAAAUGACUGAUGGAGAGAUAUUUUACAACAUCAUCUUUUCAACAAGUAUCUCUAUUGGGUGUUGGAAGAGUCAACAAAGCACAUAAAUCCAGCCCUGGCUUUUUGUUUUCAUGCCAGCAAACAGAUUUGACACUGUGACGGACUAUUACAGUCCAGGGUAAUGCUACACUAAUGUCCUCACAUCGACUGAUGCAGACCUAACACUUUUUUUUCUAACCAUGACAGUGUUGUUUACCUGUACGUUAGAUUUCAUGAGCUGAAGUUCAUUCCCAGAGGCAAAGCUGCUGCUGUUUUCUCUCUCACACUCGGUUGCAGACACUAGUGCAUGUUACAUUGGGUGUUGCGACUCAAAAAGGUUGACAACCAAUGCGCUAUGUGGAAAUGUAGGAAAGCUCGCUAUCAAUAGUUUAUCAACAAAGUGGGACAUAAACAGGACACUCUAAGCUCCUGACCGAACGUCACUGGAGCGCAUCAUUAAAAAAACACGUAGGUCCACUAUCACUCACAAGGCAAAGCACGAAGGUCCGUUUAAAAUAUCAAACAGGUCACUAAUGAUUGCAAAUAUAGAUUUUGAUUUUAGGUCCUGAUUAUGUGUAAUUACAGUGUUUUUGGUUUACUCUGUAAGGUAGUUUGUGGGUAAAAAUGUUUUUUGAAGUUCCUGAAAAAAACACAUUUUAGAGAUUUGUGUUUUUUAUUGGACAGUGACGAAAUACAUAUGUGUCAAUAUCUGCUGAUGAUGUCUUCUGUUUUUCUGUUAGUUUCACUGCUCGCCUUUGUUUCCUUUGUUUUCAGAUGGCCUUCGAAGUUCUGGUGAGAGUGUCGGCUGGAGGGAUCACAUAACCCAUGGUUCUUUCAAGAGAGCCCACAGAGAUGUCCACGGCGCGUGCUCCACACCGUCUGACAUGUCUGGACCGUCCACUCCCGUCCACACGAGCAGCCCUCUACGCACACGAGAAAGGUAAUGCGGAUAAACAUGCAUGAAAUGGUGCAGGUAAACUCUUCAGACUAGUAAUACCCACAUAUGUCUGUUAAAGCCCCAGUCCAGGUGGAAGAGAGUACGAGAUCCGGACCACAGACAUCAUUGGCAGUGACUGUGAAGGAUCCCAAACCCAGGAAGGACCCUGUUGUCGUGAAACUAUCAUCACAGAAAGCCAAAGAAGCAGUACAGACCCUUCACCCAUGCCCCAGACUGCCAAAGACUCUCAGUCACACCAAACAACAACGUUACAAAGUGAACCGCACAACCACUGCACUGCACCGACAGCCCCCCAGCAGCUGCACUGUAGCCCAGAAACACCAUCACCCCUGACAACGCAGAGCUCCUCUCCUGUUAACUCUGCACCUCCAACUACACCAAACCCGGGACACUACCAGACCCCAUCUUCCCCAGUCCAUGCCUCUCCUGCGCCAGAAACACACAGCCAACCUGGACCAAACACCCUCCAGACCCCCCACCCCUCAGAGGCUGCUGUCCCGGCACAGUCAGUGUCCGAAGCCAGUGAACUGACAAGAACUCCUCCAGCAGAAGUAAAUGGAUCUUCUCCAGCCAGAGAACCUCACCCAGAGGCCUCAAAACCCACCAGUACCACUGCCCCCAACGCCACACCCGACCCUGCAUCCCCAUCAUCUCCCCAGCCAUCUUCUUGUAGCAUGGAGGGCUCCCCAGUCUCUGAAAGUCCAGUUCCUGGGUUUUCCACUUUAAGCAGGAGGUUGAUGCUGAGUGGUCCUGAUCCCCACCAUCCCAAUCACAUCCAGCAGCACGGACCCCCACAUCACCACCACCUCCCAGGCAUGGAGCACAAUCCAGCCAGGCACAAUCCUGCUCCUGACACCAACAACAAGAGGCUGUGCUACUCCAACCCGACCCCUCAGCUCCAUCCAUCCUCCUACUCCAACUACUCCACCAUCUCCAUCCCACUCCCCCACCCACAGCCGCCUCUGCCGGAGAAGCGCCACCCACCAACCCAACCAGGCUCACCCAAUGAGAGCCCUCUGAGGCCAGCUGCAGGCCAGGUGCCUCCCUCCACCACCAGCAGUGCUCAGCAUCAGCACCACGUCACCUUCUCUCCCACUGUGGGGGAGAUUGCGCCUCCUGGUGGCCAGAAUGAUAGAGAAGCAUGUGCUGAGACUGAGAAUGCAAACAGGGUCAGCGUGAAGUUUGUACAAGACAGCUCGAGGUUGUGGUACAAGCCUGGCAUCUCCAGAGAGCAGGGUAGGUCUGAUUGUCUGCACUUUAUUAACACUCUUUACUUUAAUUAGUCAAUAUAUUAUUAUUAUCUAUUAACACACAACAGAGUUUGUCCCUAAACUCCGUGACACUGUUAUUUGGUCAUGUUUCUGCAGCAAUCGCAGGUCUGAAGGAGAGAGAGCCGGGAACUUUCCUGAUCAGAGACAGUAACUCUUUCCAAGGGGCCUAUGGUCUGGCACUGAAAGUAGCAACACCUCCUGCCAAUGUCAACAACCACAGCAGCAAAAGUAAAAUUGAUCUACUACUCCCCAGUAAAUUUUCUAUUUACGAUCUUCAUCCCUUGUAUUUCGUGUGACGUUGCACUUAUUCAACAGUGGAUAUAUCUUUGGCAGAGUUGUUCAUAUCUGCAGCUUUCUAACUGUAAAUUUCUGCUGUUACAGUCAGUGACCCACUGGAGCAGCUGGUCAGACACUUCCUGAUAGAGACAGGUCCUCGAGGAGUCAAGAUUAAAGGAUGUCAGAAUGAGCCGUACUUCGGUAAGCUGCCCUCUUCCAGCUCUGGGAUGUAAAUCACAUCUGUGUUUCAGAUACAGUCUUUUUAUUGCCAAAACCUGAAAACUUAAAGGAACAUUUUAUUAUGUUACCUUCUUACAGGGAGCCUGUCUGCGCUGGUGUAUCAACACUCCAUCACACCCAUCUCUCUGCCCUGUACUCUCAAGAUCCCAGAAAAAGGUUUGUGCACUUCCUUCUUUUUUUAAUGUUUAUUAACUUGUCAUUUUGUGACAAAAAGUCCACGUCAACGCUUAACACUUCUUUGGUCUCUAUAGUGACAACUAUAAUGUCAUUCUAACUGGUCAUUUCUUAUCUCACUGUCAUCAGAUCUGAUCGGGGAAGUGCAGGAGCUUCAACCCGUGAGUAACAUCAGCACGGCUGCUGACCUGCUGAAACAAGGAGCAGGUGAGUUUGUUUUACCCAUAGACUGUCUAUAGAAUGGAUGCUGUCUGCCUCCUCUCUGGGUGAAGCCUCCGAGAGAACAGCACCCUCUGGUGACGGGCUGCAGUAUAGGUCAUAAAUCCUGCCUCCUACACAAUCCCUAAGGAGCUGUGGACAAACUUUAGAAUCUAAUUACGCAGAACAUAAAUUUUUCUCCCCCCUGGUUGUGAUGUUGACAUGUAGUUACUGUAAGACUGGUUUGUGCUCAAGUCCUCUUUUUUCUGUGCAGCUCCAUUUUUAAAAGUCAUUAGGGGGUUUAUGUUUUCUAUAAUCGACUCUUGAUACAGCGUAUGGGUGUACGUAGAUUGUGUAGCUUACCCGGGAGAUACGCUGUUUGAGCCGAGCGUCAUCACAGAGACUCUCCUGUCGAAUAUGUGCAACACUACUGCGCAAGUGGUGGUUCCAGGAAGUGAAUAAAAUCCUGCAAAUACAGAGCAAUUUGGUUUCAAAUUCAUAUAAUGACGGAACGCGGAGCCAAGUUGUCCAUAGUAUAAACAGUCUAUGGUUUUACCUGAUAGAAAGCACCAACUGAUACUAUCUUACUUAUGAUAACCACCAAAGAAAAACUGGAAGUGUUGUUGCAAUAACUCACUCUAACUGUACCCAACUUUUGAUGGUUGUAGUUUUAGAGACCAGCCUGAUAAAUUAAAGCGCUGUCCUUCAGCUUACAUCAUGCCUCUACCUCUCUUUCCCCUGUCCUCAGCCUGUAACGUUCUCUACCUGAACUCUGUGGAAACAGAGUCUCUGACUGGACCCCAGGCCAUCGCCAAGGCAACGGAUGCCUCUCUUGGGCGUAACCCACGACCAGCUGCAACGGUAGUGCAGUUUAAAGUGACGUCACAGGGGAUCACACUGACUGACAGCCAGCGCAGGUGAGAGACAGUCUAUCCUGAUAAUACUUCAGUCUUGUGUAUGACAGGUGGGCUACACCAUCACUUUUACCUGCAGUAUUCACAGUUUGUUCCUAAAACUAUUAUUCAUCACACCUCCUGAUUACUUUGUCUCUUUGGACGCCUUAGGAAUCAAUAAGUGGCUCAUCCCCUCUUAUUUAAGAUGUUUCCAAACCAUAGGAACUUUUCAUAGCUGUAGGAGCUGCAGGGACCCUUCCACUAGUUAUUGUGUCUGCAUCACAAGAGCUAUAAUCUCUUCCGGCUCCAAGGACCCCUUUAAAAGGGACCUUCUUACCUCCUGCGUCAGAUUAGGUACUCACUCAGAGGGAGAGAGACUCAGAUGAGUGAGUCUAUGUUGAUUGGUCCAAUCUGACACAAACUGAAAGUUCCUCACAGUAGCUUUAACAUCAAGGUUCAUAUCGCCCAUCACCAGAUAAAUCCAGACCAAGAAAAAGUCCCCAUAGUGUGUAGUUUUGGUGAACUCCCUUGUGAGUGGUUCCUCCUCUAAAAGUCCCCAGAACUGUUUGGCUGGAAAACACCUACCUUCCUUAAAUACCUGUUUGAGAGAUAGACAGUCUUCAGUUUUAAGUCUCUCCUGUAAAUGAUUCCAGUGUAGCCUGUCUUGGGUAAUGCAGACCCUCCAGAUCCAUUCAGUAAACCGAUAUAUUUCCUUUUAUUUUAUGGGAAAUAUCAAAGGAGUUCAUCUUCAAAUUGGCUCGUAUAAGUAGUCAGUCUUUAUUUUUUUGGGUCUCAAGAAGACAUCAAAUUUUAUUUCUGUUUGGUCCAUGACAACUGGAAACUCCUCACAGGAGCCCUUUAGAUAACCUUUAAGAGUGGAAAUGUCUUUACAGUCCUGUUUGACCUUGUUUCUUUUCUUCUAGGCUUUUCUUUCGGAGACAUUACCCUGUCAACAGUGUAACUUUCAGCAGCAUCGACCCUAAGGACCGGAGGUAGGCCAAUCAAAAUAAGGAAUCUGGUUGAUUCUUGGAGCUGUAGCUGGAACCGUACUAACCCAGAGUCUGCAGAAGUCAUAGACACAUCACCACCACAAUCAGUCACUCAUUGCAUCCAUGAUCAUUCACUGCAUUUGUUGCUGUGAGCUCUGGCAUGGAUUGUUCGCCUGUUUUGUGAGUGCAUUUGUGGCCUGAGUGAAUAUGUGAGAGUGUGCAUGUGAGGCAGGUCAUUAUGUCCAUGAGCACGCUGGCUGUGGCCGAGGCUGCAGCUGCAUCAGCUUGUUUGGCAGCUCUGAAUGUGAGUGUUUGUCUGAGUCUGGUUUCUGUCUCUUUCUCUUUUGGCUUUAGGUGGACUAAUCCAGACAACACCACUGUUAAGUAAGUGCUCUCUUUGUGUGUGCGUGUGUUCAUGAGAGGAAAUAAGAGUGUGCGCAUGUGUGUAAUUUGGGAAGAAGGUGUAGAUGAGCUGUGGCUGAGAAAUCAGUGAUAUUUGAGCCUCUGCAUGGCACCAGAUUGCGUGCAAGCCUUGGCAAAAUCAUUCCAGCAAACAUGAUUUAACAAUGAAAACCAAGUCCCACAUGGCCCCAUAAUCCUGGGUCUACUUUUAGUCUAGAUAACCCUGUAUGCGUACCUGCAAGAACAACAGAAAACGUGUCUAAUUUCCUCCCUUCUGCAUCCUCUGACUUCAAGUCUCUGCCUUUUUCCUCACAUCUUCCUGUCUGUUUUCCUCAUUUCCUUCCUCAGGGUGUUUGGUUUCGUUGCCAAGAAGCCGGGCAGCUUGGCCGAGAACGUUUGCCACCUGUUUGCCGAGUUGGAUCCUGAACAACCUGCAUCUGCUAUCGUCAAUUUUAUCAACAAAGUCAUGCUGGCACAGCGCCGGUAGAGGGAGACAGCGAGAGAAAACCACACUCCAAAGAUCAAAUGAGCAGUGAGAUGAAACAUAAAUCAGUGACAAGGCUUUCAUUGUUUCAGUGUUUUCUGAAUAAGUCCCAUAACAUUAACACUAUUUCAUCAUGCAAAGACUCUGUUUUUAUUUUGGAGGUGAUUUAAAAUCCAAGUCCCUACUGUUGAUUAUAGUUCAUUUGUGUAUUUUCAACUAUGUCUAACACUCAACAAGAAUCAGUUGAGAGAAUAAUUACAUUUCAAUUUUUUAACAUAGAUCAGUUUUUCUGAGUGACAAAAAAAACACAACCACAGUGGUUUGUGUGACAUCUGCGCCAAAAACAGGGAGGUGACAGAAGAAACCUCCUGAAUCCAUAUUAGCUUUCUAGGAAUAAAAUCCUCCUCCACCAGGGGCCUGUAUCACCAAGAGGACGUAGAGGGUUAUUCAUCAAUAUUGUGUUGUCUGGUGUCAUUUAGCUGGCUCAGCUUCAACCAGCAUAGAGCACUACAAGCAUAACCUCCUCCAGAUGAGGUUUGGCUGAGAUGGUCAGAAAACCUGUCAAAUUCCUCCAGGUUCUUGACAUAGGGUCUAAAAGAAUAGAGUGUUCAACCAGGGCUCCUGUAUCAGCAUUCAGGACAGUGGGAGCUCAGUUUGAUUUAUAAGUUCCUGUGACAUCCAGCUUUGGCCUCUUUAACACAAAGCAGCUCUGCAGCAACACCGUAACCAACUUCCCCCACCACUCUGCUUUUGUACUUUACAAACCGAGCGCUGCAAAGGUAUAAUUCUGACGUCUCAGUGUGUUAUUUCACAUUGCAUGACAGUAUUGGGGUGCUGCGAGAGGCACGGCUUGUAAACACACACUAAGAGAACACACACACACACACACAGUGUGCUGCACAGUCUAACCCCCGUUCUGACUGCCUGUUGCACUUAGAUAAAACAGCCCUAUAUAAGGUAGCACUAGAUUUAUGCAGUUGAAGACAAAAAAUUAAAAACUGCCUUUAUUAGUAAAAAUUUUAAACUUAUCAGUUUAAGUUGAAAAUUUUUAACAGACGACAGUGUCAUGAACUUUUCGAUUACUUAAGUGCAUCAGUGCCUCCUUAAACCCCAAUGUGUUUGUUUCUAUGACAACUUGAAUCAUAUAAAAGACCUAAAAACACUUUUUUUAUAUGAAAAUUAGGAUAAAAUAUGACAGUAAUAUAAUUGUGUAGCUAUUUUACUUUGGAGAGGUUGUCACAUAGUUUUUUGCACCACACAGGCUCAGCUCAAUGAAGCCAGACUGAGUUCAUCUUGGUUUAGGAUACAGGCUCCUGGUUGGAUGAUGGUUAACAGAAGCUCUUAUUAUCUGUUUAGUGUAUAAAUGAAUAAAUAAAGCAGCUUUAAGGACACACAGACUGUGUAAAGUGCUUACAAAGAAGAUAUUUUGUUGCACUGUGUCCAGGCAACAGAUAAAGACACAUAAAAUGACUGCCUAAAAAAAAAGUAAGUGUUUAUAUGAUGUAUUGCUACAAAAGUCUGUAUUUUUCUUUGUAUAAAAAGGACCAAAGCCCUGAUGGUGUAAUUCAGUUUCAAUAUGCAGAGAUGUUCAGGUAUUUAGAUGUAUGUACAGCAUAUUUACACACUCUUGCCUUCAACCUUCCAUAGCAGCUUUACACACACAUCAAACUUUGAGACUGUUAUUGACAAUCAUGGUUUUUCACUCACAUACACUACAAACAGAGAGAGAGGGGUGUAACUCUAAUGAAAGCUAACAUGAAUGUGAGGUUUUUAACCUUUAAUAAGUGUGUGUGUAGGAGAGGGACUGGCCUGGUGUUUGUGUGUGUGUGUGUGUUGAGAGGGUAUUAAGGUGAACAUGUUGGGUGAGGUUUGGUUACGUCCAAAUUCAAAGAAAAGUACGUGAAACACGGGAAAAAGCUUGAUGAGGAGGGACGUACAGAGUAAGAGCACACCAUUGCCAUGAAAUGUUCAUGAUUUCAAACAUUCAUAUCAAACUUAUUCUUAAACAAAGCAAAGGCAGGUAAAGACACACAGGUGAAGACUGACGUAUUUAACCAAAGACGAAGCACUCUUGUAUUAAUAAGCUUUUAUCCAGCUAUAUUUUUGUACUUAUUACUUCUUAUAUUUGUACUAUGCAUUUAUUUAGUGUGUGUUUCCUCUCUUGUUAAACCCAAGAUAAACACUACUUGUAUUACAGUGAUAAUAUAUUGUGGUCUGUUUUCUUGUCCUCUGUAUUAUGUAGUAAUAUAUUUUCACAUGCAGCUAUAGGACAGUGUAUGAGACAUAAAAAGGAAAUGUUGUUUGGAAAGGAUGUGAUGCUGUUUUGUAUGCAGAAAAAUGAAGAAUAGAAUUAAACUGAAAUUAUGUGGUACCUGAA